AUGGAGUGGAGAUGUGAUAGGGAUUAUGACUGCGGGGACAUGUCAGAUGAACAUGACUGUGAACCAGGUAAGGUCAAAAGUAUCCACCUACCACUUGGCUUUUGUGCCUCCUGUUGGGAGAAACUACGUUUUUUUAAAUUUUUUUAUCCAACAAUGAUUUCUACAUAUCUUUUUUUCUUGUGUGAUGGAAGCUUUACCCCUUUGACCCCAAAGAGUGACUAGCAUCUAAAUUCUCCUUACAAUAUCACCCCUGAAUCACACAUUAAGGUCAGGAGAAUAAAGGAAAUGAUCACCAACCUAAGACUCUCUCGAUUAUUAAACUAAUUCUCCUUACCAGCACCUUAGGAAAUGUAAAGUCAAAAUUACAGAGAAUUUGCAUAUUAAUGUCAGGGUGUAAAGGGUUAUGGUGGCCAAACCAAAGCAUGAGGCACAGUGAACAAAGUCUUUCUUGAGAAUUACAGCAGAACCUGUAUUAAGUGGUCACACUGUUUUAAGUUGUCAGUUGUCGAAAAUUAAAGUCCUGCAUCUGUUUCCCCUUAAUUACUGUAAUUUUCACCUCUAUUAAGAAGUCAGGAGAUUGUUUUGUUAUCAUUGAUGAAACUUUGGUUUUAUAGUAAUUUUUAAAGUGCAUAAUUCUUAUCCUCGUCUCUUGUACUUUGAAUGUGGUUAUUUCUUAGUGUAAAUAAUGUUUUUUUCAGAGUGCUGAGGGGGACUAUAUAUUUUUAGUAAGAGUACUCUCAGGACUCCUGUGGUAGCAAGGAUGCUUUUUAAGCUACUGUGAAUGAUACAUGUAUAUUCUUAUCUGCAUCUCCUAAAUUAAGCCAUUUCUAUUUAUUGUAGGUCCACCUUGUGAAGCUGGAAACUUCAGGUGUGGAAAUGGCCGAUGCAUUGAUGCAAGUUGGGUUUGUGAUGAGCAGGAUGAUUGCAGGGAUUGGACCGACGAGGUCAAUUGCAGUAAGUGUUAUUAUGUCUCUCAGGAAUUAGCCUGAACCAUGCAGACUAGGUUUGAGCCACUGAAGCCUUUUGACAAGGAUGACUCACUUCACCAGAAAGUUUUGAUCACUUAAGAAAUGAUGUUUUGAGUAUCAUUGAGUGGCAUAAUGGUUAGUGCCUUGGACUCUGGUUAGAGUGCUCUGUGUUCAAGACCUGCUAGGGUCAGUGUGUUGUGUUCAUGGGCAAAAUGCUUUACUCUUACUCUGCCUCUCUUCAUUCAGGAGUACAUACAUCUUGUUAGACUUAUUACACAUUUUGGUGUGUAGUAUACCUGAGUAUUUUUACAAGUUGUGCUGUGGAUAAACCCCCAGGGCAUAAUGAAAUACGGGGGGGGGGGGGGUUGGGGGGGUAACUUUGUGAUGGUCUAGCAUCCCAUCCAGGGGGGAGUAGAAAAUAUCCCUUGUUCCUUGUGCUGUGGAAAAAGGAUAAGUGUGAUAAUGUUGAGUGGGUUGCUUAACUCAAGUACAGACUUCAUCAACCCUACAACUCCCAAUUAGUGAUGAAGACAGAAUUUCUCCUUACAACAUUAAUACAAUUCGAAGCAGACAAGUAACGAGAAUAAAGAAAAUAUUGAUUAGUUGAUCCAAUAACAAAUUCUCCAAAUGAACAUUAUAAGAAUUGUAAGGGGACAGUAAGGAGAAGAACCAAUGAUAUGUUGGAAGUUAAAGGGUUAACCUUACAUAAGCCCACUGAGAUUGAAAAAAAUACAGUAGGAAAUGAUAUAUAAUGAUGGAACAUGGAUGGCUAAAGAUAAUUGAGAUUAAAUGCGCUACAAAAAGUUUAAGCUCAAUUUAUUACACCAAUCUCUUCUUCAAAAAGAGUUUUUUUUGUAGUGAUCUAUAAUUUGGCUUUUGAUCUUUGCAUGCUUUAUAGUCUUCAUGGUUGCAAAUUCAAUUGGUGCAGAUUUCCUAAGGCCUGAAUGUGUGAUUGUUGUAUAAUCAAUUAGAGAUGUUAAGUGUUUGAGAAUCCCUUUUUUCAUCUUCUACAGAACAUGAAUUUUUUUGCUUUGCAUUUUCUAUUUGUAGCACAAAAUGCCUGUGAUGAGGCAACUGAGUUCAGAUGUUCUGAUGGAAAAUGCAUAAAUAUCAACUGGAAAUGUGAUGGGGAUAAAGACUGUGAUGAUAAUUCUGAUGAACAAAACUGCGGUAAUCAAUUCUUAAUUAUCACCUAUUGAUUCUGUAUUUGUAUAAGACUAGUGUUUUAUCAUGAGCCAAGGAUAUCUGCUUUAUGGGUCAUUAUUACGAUUAUGUAUGCAUACAGCCACUUCUGGCAGCUAAAUUUUGCUCUCACUUCCAAGAUUGGAGAAUACUGAUAGGGAAAUUGUACCAUCAGGGUUUUUACGUGUCCUGGAAAACCUAGAGAGUCCUGAAAUUUUAUCUUGUCAUUUUCCAGGACUGGAAAGUCCUGGGAUAAGACUAAAGGUCCUGGAAAGUCCUGGAAAUCUGCUUAAAUCUAGGAAUAAAGUUUUUAGAAUCUACGUUGUAAGAAAUACAUGUAGAUCGUGAGGAGAAUUGAUUUUGAAAUCUUGGGAAUGAGAUGGUUGAAGGUGAAAUUGAGUCGUGGAAAAAUCAAUCAUAGUCCUGAAAAAGUCCUUGCAAUUUGUUUCUGAAAAAAUUAAGAACCCUGUACCAUUUUAAAAAACAACUAAAGAGCCAUCUCUAUUAUCACAACGCUGAAGAAAGUCAUCACAAAAGAUCAUUUGCGAAUGGCAGUAGACCCGUCAACAAUUUUUAACCAAACCAAUCAUUUCAUCUUGUGCCCUAAUGCCAGGUCCUGUGACAUGUUCAUCGAAUCAAUGGCAGUGUGUUGGAACAUCUCACUGUUUGGACUUAGCUAAAGUGUGUGAUGGAAAUAAUGAUUGUGGUGAUAAUUCUGAUGAAGGACCACAUUGCCGUAAGUUAAUUGUCUAAAUUACUCUUCUAUCAGCUUUAGGCUCAGCUUGUUAUGACUGCUUUUCUUUCAGCCCUGAACUCAAAGAGCGACAAGCAGCUAAUUUCUCCUUACAAUAUCAUCCCUGAAUCACACAUUAAAGUCACGAGAAUACAAGAAAUGAUCACCAACUAAAGAAGCCCUUGAUUGUUAAACAAAUUCUCCUUGUCAGCACCCUAGUAAAUGUAUAGAGAACAGUAAGGAGAAUAUGCAUACUGAUUUUAAGUUGUAAAAGGUUAAAAGCGCCAUGCCAGGUAUUCUGCCUCAGUUUUCGAAAUGAAGUGGUGCGAUAUCAACCCUGUUUUUCUCGUUUAAAUUGUUGGCUGUGUCUGGCGGAUCAAUUAUUCGGCCAGUGGCUUUGGCAAGCAAUUAAUCUUGUUGCCGUUGACAAAUCGCGAUAUUUUGCUUGACAUAACUUAUUACAAUAGCUGUUAAUCGUUAGAAUUGAGAAAGAACCUCCAGUAAAGACAAUAUUUGUGGUGGUAAAGUUGCACUGUUUUGUUUGCAGUAAGCGAGAACUGCUUGAAGCUGAAAAAUUGCAGCCAAAUCUGUAAACAGACUCGAAGUGGAGCAGAGUGUUUCUGCAGACCUGGUUAUAGUCUUGAUUCUGAUGGGAUUUCAUGUAACGGUGAGAAUUAAUUACUUAGUACAAGCAAUUUUGCAUUUGCUCAAACGAUAAAUGAUAUCAACUGCCUUUUAAGAUAAAUGCAAAGUGAUAACUGUACGGCCCGCUAAUUUUAAAAGUUUAUUUGAAUUGAAAUCUUAUCCCUUUGUUUAAACCCAGAGAUAGAAUAAAUAUAUCUUACGUACCUCGUUUUCUCGGUGCUUACUGAAAGUUACUGAAUCUUGUUUACAGUACAGACUUCGAAUUCGUUAAUAAAGAGGUAUAUUCAUUGUUCGGUUUACAUUCAGAUGUCAAUGAUUGUUUAAUUCUUGAGAUAUGCGAUCAUGAAUGCAUCAACACUGUUCUAUGCCCUAAUGUAUUAAAAUGUCGCACUAGUGGACUGAUAAAUUUACUUUGCACUUUUUAAAUUUAGAUAUCAAUGAGUGUUUUAUUCUUGGAAUUUGUGAUCAUGAAUGCAUCAACACUGAGGGGUCUUACAAGUGCUCCUGUCUGGAUGGUUAUGUUUAUGAACCACCACGAACCUGUCGUCCUAAAGGUGAGUUCUCUCUCUCUAAUUUUUAGACAUUUAAUUGUUAAAAUGCAAAGCCAUCCUCUCUGCCAUACGCUAUCUAUCAGUGCGACUUGAUCUGUUACACGGAACGAUAAAUCCACAGGGUGACCGACAUAUAAUUGCUCCUUGGACUAAUACUACUGAGUCAGUGAUGAAGAUCAUGAGAAUAAAAGGAAACGAUCGUCAACUUAAGAGGCUUUGAUUGGUGAACAAAUUUUCCUUGUCUAAAACUAAUUAUAUGGGGCCUGUUCCACAGGCCAUUAGAUGGACUUUGGUAAUAAUGUAUAAUUUUUCAAAGCUUGUUUCUUUUUUCAGGUGAAGAAGAGGCAUGGUUAUUGUUAGCGAACAGGAAAAGCAUUCGCCAAGUUAGUUUGAAUGGAAGAAAUUACGGUGACGUUUUCUCAAACUCAAGCCGAACAGUGGCCAUUGAUUUUGACGUCGAGGAAGGAAAACUUUACUGGUCAGAUGUAAAAGAUAAUGCCAUUUACAGGGCAAAUAUUGUGUUUCAUCAAGAUGGUGGACACCUUGGAGAGGUAAUAUGACCAUGCGAUGGAUUGAGAUUUCAUUUUUAUUUUAUUUUCAGUAUAUCCAUAUGCGAGCAGGUUUUCAUUUCUAGUGCCGCGGCACGCGUGUCUCUAAGCCCGCAAGAAAGUUUGAGACCAGUCUUCGAAAGGUCUGCGGGGGAUCUGGCACUCAUUGUUAGUGCCAGACCCCUCGCAGACCUCUCAUCAGCUCGGUCUCAAACUUUAUCGCGGGCGAAGAAACGCGCAUGCCUCAGCGCUAGUAAUAAGGGCUUAAUUGCUUUCUCUUUCCUCAAUCCUAACUGCAUACUUUAUGAGCGAUUGCGUUUAAAAUGACAGAUUUUUGUUCAUGUUUCGGGGUUUCGAAUUCCAUCACUGCCUCUCCUUUAAGUGUGGUCCGAGAACAGGAUCCUUUUUUCUGAAAAGCACCUUUAAAAGAUACUGAGAGGAGUUUGUCAAAGAUCUCAGUGCAGGUCAUUAACCUUAGACUUCAUUUUGUUAUCUUUUUUAGGUAGAAGCUGUGGCAAAAGAUGGGUUAGCUGUGUCGGAUGGGAUUGCUGUGGAUUGGGUGGCAAAGAAUUUGUACUUUGUCGAUAGCUCUGCUAAAAGGAUCUUUGUCUGUAGAUUGAACGGGAGUUUCCUGUUAUCGCUUGUAACUACUGAUCUUGCAAGCCCAAGAGGCAUUGCGGUUGACCCUAGGGAUGGGUGAGUUGUACGUAGGCACGUUUUUUAUGUUUUUUUUUUUCUUAACAUUUCUCUUCGGGAACAACCAGAACAGUUCUCUUUAUUGUACCCUUUAUCAAGUUUUAGUAAUGUAUUUAAUAGAAAAUAAUGAUUAAUUAAUAUUAUUAUGAUGAUUAAAGGGUACUAGCAUCCUGGAAUAAUUACGCAGCUAUAAUUGACAGGAAGCUGGAUUAAGUUUAGCGGAGGUACAGUAUGGCCAAAAUAAACACGAACUAUGUAAACGUCACACGCAAAAACAAAGAAUUGUAAUCGUAGCUAAUAAUCUUCAAUGAUCAGACCUAAGGUGCUGUUACAUUCAUGGUCAAUAAUGUUUUAAGAUAAAACUAGUUAACUAGUUACAGAGAAUAUCAUUAGUGCAAUGAAAGAUAAUCCUCCCUAAGACGUGACUGGAAGAUGAUAUGAAGAUGGAUUUCAACUUAUUUUAUAGAAAUUCUCUCUUUUAGCUACCUGUUCUGGACUGACUGGGGAAAACACAUGAUAGAGAGGGCUGGAAUGGAUGGAACAAAUCGCAAGACUAUUGCCAACACAGCUGUUUAUUGGCCCAAUGCGCUGACCUUGGAUUACCCCACGCGUCAAAUUUACUGGGGAGACGCACACCUUGACUAUAUUGGAGCCAUGAGUUAUGACGGUGAAAACAGGAGAAGGGUUCUUGGCUAUCCAAGAGUUGUACAUCCAUUUGCCAUCACCGUGUUUCGAAAUGACUUGUACUUCUCAGACUGGACAAGGCAUGCAGUUGUGAAAGUGGAGAAGUUUUUUGGUAAUCAUAGCACAGUUCUCUUGGCGAAUCUUGGGCAGCCAAUGGAUGUUCAUGUGUAUCACAGCGCCAGACAGCCAGCUGCUGCAAAUCCAUGUGAAAAUAGAAAGUGCAAUUGCGAACACCUUUGUCUCAUAUCCCCGGUUCCACACAGAGAUUGUAUAUGCAAGUGUAAAACGGGAUAUCAGUUAACGGAUGAUGGAAAAUCGUGCAAGAAGAUAGAGACCUUCCUGAUCUUCGCCCAUAAUACAGAAAUUGCUGGUAUACCCAAAGAGGUGAAUUCAUCUGGCGAUGCAAUUCUUCCCCUGUCUGGGCUCGGAAAUGCUGUAGGCAUUGACUAUGAUGUCAAAGAGCAAAUGAUAUACUUCUCAGACAAUGAACGGGACAACAUCAGCAGAGUUGGUCGUUUUGACAGAAAGGUGGAGGUUUUGGUCAAAUCGGUGAGAUCUGUGAAUGGUAUUGCAGUGGAUUGGCUUGGUCGAAAUUUGUAUUGGACAGACGCAGACAAACGUGAGGUGGCAGUAGCGAAAUUAGACGGGUCAUUUAAGAAAAUGUUAUUUCAUGAAGAUGUGGCAAGACCUUCAGCUAUCGUGGUAAAUCCUGUGGACGGGUAAGUUAAAUUCUUUUAUUUCCAGGAUCUGGAAGCCAAUUGCUAUUCAUUUUUAUGUUGACUAGUUGAUAAUUUGUUCACUGAUAUUACUUUUCAGGGCGUGAAAUUAAUUUUUUUUUUCUGAUAGCCACUUGGCUACUAAAUUUUUCAAAGUGGUAGCCAAUGCAAAAAAAGUUGGUCGCCAUUUUUAAAGACAAACAAACCCUUUUCUUUUUUUUUAACGCUGUCAGCGUUUUAGUGCGUUUUGGAAAUUAAACAAACUUAACAAGGACGUUUUCCGCGGAUUUCUCUUUGAAAAUCUUUCUAAUUCUCUAUAUCUCUAAGUAUGGUUAUGAUGAAGCAUUCUAGUGGCCAAUUUGGCGACUACUUUUCAGGAUUUGGUCGCCAAAGGGAAAAAUUUAGUCGCAUUGGCGCCUGUAUCAGGCGCAAUUUCACGCCCUGCUUUUAAAGAACAUUCUUAGCUUGAGGAUCUUCUCAUUUAUGUUUAGCCCUUAAACCCAUAAAAGUGAAUGGCCUCUUACUCCCCCUUACAAUGUCAGCUUUGAAUCAGAUGUAGAGAUGACGAGAAUGAAAGGAAUGAUCACCAAUUUAGGAACCUCCUGGCUGUCCAACAAGUUUUCUUUGUCAGUACGAGAGAACAUGUAGAGAGAUCAGUGUGGAGAAAAUUAAUACUAAUUUUAUGGUGUAAAGGGUUAGGUCUAAGUGCAUCGUAGUGUACUGAAAUUGUAAGGAGAAUUGUCAUACUCAACCAGAGCUAGCUCUCUUAAAUGAUGUUUAGUAAGAUGUGCUGCUUGAGUGAUCUAUUUACCUCUCUUAACCCUUUUGUAAGAGACAGAAAAUAAACGUUAUAUGGUUUGGUCUUCGGUGACCGCACGCAAAAUAUCGCGGGCGCUCUUUCCCACGAAAAGCACAUGUUUUGUUAUGGAGUUAUACUGUCGUUUCGUUAGGACAAGUUUUCCUUUCUAUUUAGAAGGCACAAUAACUUGUAAGUAUGCAGUAUUUCGGUUAUACGGUCAAUAUCAUCUUUGUAAUAGUCGCGUUGUUGUUAUUUCAGCGAAUCUUUCUCUUUCACGUAAUUUGUGAAUGGAAUGAAUACAAGUUAUGUGCAGAUUAGAAACGAACUAGCAAGUGAACAACUGAUUAAAGUACAGUUUCAAGUAGCUAUGAGUGGACGCUACACCUUUACACUCUGCUAUCAGUAUCCAUGUUCUCCAUGUUGUUCUCUCUACUCAUGUCCUAAGGUGCUGACAAGGAGAAUUUGUUUAACAAUCAAGAACUUCAUAAGUUGGUGAUCAUUUCCUCUAUUCUCAUGACGUUGAUAUAAGAUUCAGGGCUGAUAUUAUGUGGAGAAAUUAGAUACUUGUCACUCUUAGGGAUCAAAGGGUCAUACUCUCACAAUGUUCUCCUUUUCAGGCAGUAGCCGGUAACGUUUACCGCCUGUAGUACCUCUUAUUACCGUUUAAAAUUGCUUGGAAUUCUUGAAAAUUCAACAUGUAAAAGGAUUGCUUUACCGGUUGGAAAAUCUAUUUUACCUAUCAUGUUUCAAAUAAGGGAGAACACUACUCUAAGUGCGUGAUCGUGUAUUAAAAUUAUAAAGAGAAUUGUCAUAACUAACACUACUAGGGGUCAAACAAUCAAAAAAUGAAGAGGUUUUAGUCCUUAACUGGCUUUGGGAACUAUUUCUCUCAUAUGAUGUUUACUAAGAUGUGGUGCUUGAUUUUGAACACCAGGCGAAUGUAUUGGAGCGCUUGGAUUACUCCAGCCAGAAUAGAAGUUGCCAACAUGGACGGCACAGGACGUCAAAUCUUUGUCCAAGGAGGGGGUUUGGCCCGGCCAAAUGGCCUCAGCAUCGACUACGUCUCAAGGAAACUCUACUGGUCAGAUGAAAUGACCUCCGCCAUUGAAUGUGUGAAUCUGGAUGGCUCUGACCGUAAGAUGAUACUUCUGACCACAGGUCACCCGUUUGGUCUUGACGUUCACAAUGGAUUCGUCUACUGGACUGAUUGGACCAGGCACGAACUACUAAGAGCAAAGAUCACUGAUCCAUCUUCUGAGGCGGUAUUAAGAUCAGGCUUGGAGGGUGUGAUGGAAAUUAGAGUUUAUGACUCCAAGAGAAAAACAGGUGGGAAAUGUAAAUUCUGCCUGUAAUGUAUUUGGCCAGCGGCUGUCUUACGUGCAUGCGCAUUAAAAGGCAGGCAGACUGAGAGAGCUGUCAUGUUGUAAAAAACGUUUCUGUUGUGUUGUUCUUUAAAUCUGAUGUGAUCCGUCUCAUUUCGAACCAUCCCUUGGUUACUCAAUAUUUAACACUGCCUAACGCGCAUUUUCAGAACAGCAGAUAAAGAAUUUCAUUUCAUUUCCAGGUGCGCUCUUUGUUUUCCUUAUGGCAAGCAGAAAAAAGUCCGAUUGAACCUAGAAACAGUGUGUCGUGGAUUAUUCGUAAAUUUGGUUCUGCUAUACCUCAUAUCAAUUACUUUUUAGUUUCUUCAUUCAUUCAUUCAUUGUGUAAAAAAUAAGAGCUUGAACGGAUACUUUUGUAAGAAGAAAUAUGCUAUUUGGAAUUUGUACACUCCUUUUCUACGGACUGUUGGGAAACUUAAGCAGAGACGACUUUGAGACGCAGACAACAACCGGAGAAAGGAUUUAACUAACUCUGGCGCUCUUUGAAGCCAGUGUAUCGACAGUGAGGCCAUCGUUUUCGCAUUUUAAACCAAACGUUGCCGACUAAGAAGGUGUAUUGAGCAUCAGGAGUGAGAACUUUUAACUUUCGGAUCCCGUCCGCGUCUUAAAAACGUUUGAGCUUAAGCUCCCCAUUGAACGCAUAUGGGAACACAGUAAAUCCAGGGGUUUCAAUUAAAGGCGAUUACCGCUGCCUAUAAGAACUCGCACCUGCGACCAGGUUCUCGUGUUUAAAUUUCGCCUUACGGUAUAGCCGCCUAUUACAUCAUCGGCAGUCGCUUUUGGAGAAAGUUAUUGAAGCCCAGGGAAUGCUAGAGUGGCGCUGUACUAAAAGGGGUUAAUUUUUUAAUAUGUCACAUUAGUAAAAUGGAUGGUCUUUAGGGAUUUCUCACUCUAAUUUGCUUCAUGUCUUUGCACUGUGCACUUUAGGCCAGUUUGCGUAUUAAAAUUUUUAUUCUAUGAUCAGUGUUAUACGUUUUGGUUUUUUUCUUUUCACAGGCAGUAGUCCCUGUAGCAGUGGCUCUUCUGGUUGUAGCCACUUAUGUCUGUUGCGUCCAGGAGGUUACACAUGUGCCUGUCCUUAUGGUAUGCAGUUGGAGUUUGGCAGUAACAAGACAUGUAUUGGUAAGUGGAGCUGAGAGCAAACAAACAAACAAACAAACAAACAAACAAACAAAUAAAUCAAAGUGCUCUGUGAGCAAACUCGUGAAUUUACACAUGAUUUUUUAGAUUAUGUUUAGUGUUAUCUGGUUUAGGGAAUUUUGUGGUUGAUUGUCAUAUCUAGAGUACGAGCAGUAGUUCAGUGUUCGCUAAUGUAGCAAAGAAGCAAAGUAACGUUGGGAUAAGAAGGCAUUACAAUUGAAAUGAUCAUGCUAUUACAUUUGACAAGGUGGAUGAUGUCAUGUGUUUUAAACGUCUGUCAUUUUUGUUUCUGGUUCAAAAGAAAAGGUUGGAUUAAAUGUGGGUGAAAAGUGAAAUUUACUGUCUUUCGUUGUAAAUAUUAGAAAAUCAAGGCAAUACUGUCAUAAUGAAAACAUUAACGAUUCCCUCUUUAUCAAAUGAGACAAACGGGAACGAGUUUUGAGUGAUAUAACUAAGCCAAGACUGCCACCGUCAUUUUGGAUCUCCACCUGGGUAGAUUUAAGUCACGUGCUAGGCAACGUAUAAUCAAUAACAAGAUAGAAUUUCAUUUCAGGCCUAUUUAUCAAUUUUGUGGUGUGUAACUUUCGCAGUUUAGUACGUUGUAUGUAUGUUGAAUCUUCAAAUUGUCUUGAAACUUAAAAGAAAAUUGUUCUUUAAAAAUUCACUGAAAAUCGGUAGCUAAAAUUGUUUGUUUAGGUGUUAUUUGAUUUUCGUGUUAACUUGUAAUUUCGUCAGUCGCCGGCAUCUUCUGUUGCUUCACACAGGAAAAACACACGCGACGAAACGUAAUGAUCAAUUUUGUCCUCAAUCUCACGCUAUGACAGAAAAAGCUUUUGAACAUCUGUAAACUCCGAGCGCUUCGCAGUAAGUGAUAUUUUCAACGAAUCUUCGGAUUGUUUUCAAGUUCAAGGAUUGUAAAUUACAAUUUUAUGAAAAACGAAGGUUGUUCUGUUAUUUCAGUGUGAAUCCUUGGAUGCCUGCCAGCCGCUGGCGCCGCUUGUUAAAACUAAAACGAAAAAAAAAAACUCUUUUAAGAUUAUCAUUGGCUUCUUUUUCACCCCACCACUAUUCUUAGCAACAAAGGUCGCCAUUUCGUCUGUUUAUUGCUCGCCAAAAACUAUCAAAUGCACUCAAAAGCCUAAAAUCUAAAAAAAGUUUACAGGAAUCGACCAAUCGAGCGAGCGAAUGCCAUUCCCCACAUCGUAUCUAUAACUCGCUCUUGCGCAUGCGCGCAAUUCACGAGUUAACAAAAAUCGAUAUCAAGCAAGACGAACACAUAUGAUUAAACCAUUUCGUUCCCAUUAUCUGGAUGAUGAUUCUCCUCUGUAGCUUAUGUCUAUUUUUUUGUAUGUUAGUGAAGAGAAUUCAGUGUUCAAUCACAAUAACACUCACCUACUGAUAAGAGCGUUAAUUCUUACUCUUGUUUUACUGGAGGAUGUACUUAACUUGUGAGGAAAAGUUAUAAGUCAUUCACAUCUGCCGGCGAUUUGAGAGUGUUGUAAAGUUUGAAAGUAACCGGAAUAAAGUGGCUUUAUCGCGCGCCGGCGGCAUUCCCUUUCAGUAGAGCUCAAAAUAACAUGUUAGGUUGGUAGGAGAGGUCUCUCCUUGAAUCUUGGGAAAAAUUUCAAUUGAAGGGGCAUUCUUGUCAUUUGACAACAAAAUGCAUUCUUUUGGAAGCAAAAGCUAAAACGAAAUAAAUAGAUCUAAAUACACGCGUUAUCUUCAGAAAACUGGACAGAGACUUUUUAAUGUGACCAUCAUUGUCGAAACAGGGAACUGCAAGACAGAAACAAGCUAAACAUCAUCAAAAAGAACACAGCGAACUGUGAUUAAAUCAGUCCGAUUCCAGAACCCUAUUCAUUAUAGUCCAAUUUUAAACUGAUUUAUUUUCAUUUGAUACGUCUGACAUCUACUAAGGAGGCCAAGGUCCUAAUUGACUUGUCGGAGAGUAAGGGGGGUAACUUUUUAAGGAAACUGAGGUGCUGCGUCGGUGGUGGUACAACAAGAUAAUUUGGCUUAUCAACUGAGUUUAUAAUUUGUGAAGGGAAUGGGCCAACAUUCAAUGCAAAUGUCAGCUUUAGAAACUUUUUACAGUGAUUCAUUUACAUUAUGGACUCAGUUGAUAUGACACAUUAUCUUAUUUGUUCGUAAUUGACUUGUGUGAGAGUAAUUGUUCUUAUAACUUGUGCCUGACGCUAUUUUUUAAUCUUUUUGAAAUUCAGUCAAUGAAUCUGUCAGCCCUACACCUCACUGUCCAGCAAAUCAAUUUGCAUGUCACGAUGGGGCCUGUAUUCCCAAAAACUGGAAAUGCGAUGGAGAAUUUGACUGUCUGGAUCACUCAGAUGAGUCGCAAUUUGCAGAUUGUCGUAAGUUUGAUUCAAAUAAAGUUUAAGAGCGGCCAAGUCACAAGGUUUUAUGAAAUUCAGCUUUGAUAGGAUUAAUUGCAGAAGUGACAUCUAUUCACACGCUAGCCAAACAGGGCACUUUUUAUGUGAACAUUUUGCUCGUGUGACAAGGAGAAGGAAACUUCGGCAACUAGAUUUGAUGCUGAAGUCAUGAUUUUUCGCGGUACCAAGAACUCGUGGAUCCCUAGAUACACACCUUCUGGAAGAUGCUUGCAGACUUGGGAAUAGCCUCCAUUUUCUUAGUAUUAUCUUGCGCAACUCUCUUGAUCAAUCAGAUCAAAAUUUAAAACCAAUCACGACAUAGUCGCUCGCGUUUUCCUGCGUUUUAGGUACUGUGCUUGUUUUUACCUUGACUUCUCAUUGGCUCUCAAAGGUAUUUUUCUUUCCUUUCGUUAGCCGCGUGAUUCCUUUGGUUUUGGUGUAAUGUGGGGGCUCCAAGUCAAGUAGUCUUAUCAAUAAAUAGAGAAACAUUUGUAUAAAAUAUUGCUAAUACCUCAUUUUCUGUUAUACAGACAUUUUGCUUCUUUCUCUUUGGUAGUCUUAGUGUUCAGCCGUGAGAGGUGCAGUGAAUGUUUUGAAAAAAUAAUCGCUAGACAGACAUUCCUAGCGACUAAAGUUUUAUUUGUGCCAAUAAUUUCAUGGUUUAGGUCGCCGGAUAGCGACUUUUAAGAAAGUUACUCCAGGAACCCUGUCGAAGAGCUUCUCAAAUACUUCUGUUUCUUUGUUUUGUUCUUUUCUUUCUUUGAUUUUAGCUGGUGUAUCUUGCAAGAAAAAUCAAUUCCGCUGCUUGAAAAGCGGUAAAUGCAUCCCUGAAAACUGGUAUUGCGAUGGUGACAACGACUGUGGAACCGGAGAUCGCUCGGACGAGUCUAACUGUUCACUGUCCGCCUGCACCGCGGUGCAAUUCCGCUGUAGCGAUGGUAAAUGCGUUCCUAUCAGUUGGAGAUGUGAUGGGUUUGAUGAUUGUGUUGAUGGUUCGGACGAACUGAAAUGUGGUAAGUGACCCAAGUCCGCCCUACAUUUGAUAACCCCAUCGCACCAAAUCUUACACACAGUACAAAAAAAACAUGAUCGAAAAUUGUCUCCUCUUAGAAGCAGUUUAAUUAAAAUGAUUUUUGUCGACUUCCAACUGAAUUUUGGCACUUUGAAAAUACAAGUUUGUGAUUACUGGAACGCAAUGGAAAAUUCAUUAUUUCCAUUUUCUGGUUCUUGUCUUCAUUCUGUUAAACCUGGUUGAACAGAAGCAUAUUUGAAGACGAUAUUUCUUUCAAUGACUCUCAUCGUUUUAUGUCAUGCAGAGAACCAAAGUUGUCAGGAGCAGGACUUUUCCUGCCCGUCUGGAGAAUGUUUGCCCUCCGAUUGGCGAUGCGACGGUGACGACGACUGCGGUGAUAACGCGGAUGAACAGAGUUGCCCUCCUCGGCAGUGCACGCAGGGUGAAUUUCGUUGCUUGAAUGGCCAGUGCGUCACUGGAAGCUGGCGAUGCGACGGAGCUGAAGAUUGCCAAGAUGGAACUGAUGAGGCAGGAUGCCGUAAGUGCUUGAAAAAUUCUCUAAAUUGGUUUUAUUCUUGUGUCUUUGCAUUUCGCGCAUGCACUUGAUUGUGCGCAGCGGUUUAUUAUCAUCGAAAGUUGACAUCGAACCUGUGUCCGUUUCCUUUUAGCCUUCGUGGAACCCAACGGCUGUGGUGUAGACAAGUUCUUGUGCAAUAACUCCCAAUGUAUCCCAAAGCGAUAUGUGUGCGAUGAUGACGAUGAUUGUGGAGACGAGUCAGAUGAACUCUCAAACUGCUCAUUAUCAACUUGUGCUCCGGACGAGUUGACCUGCGACAAUCAGCGAUGUGUUACGAGGGACUGGGUCUGUGAUGGGGACAACGAUUGUGGUGAUAUGACUGAUGAGCGUAACUGCUGUGAGUUAAUUUGAAAAUAGAUUUCAUGUUCCAGUAUGUACCUUUAGGUAAUAUAUCAAACACGAGGAAGAGUGUUUCAUCCGAUAUCUGAACACCGAGAAGUGGUUGAAGUCAAAAUGUUUUUAUUCAUUUUCGAUAUUUAGACAGGGUGGCCCAGUUAAUAAUGGUAAUUGAACUGAGUGGAGUGCAGUUUGGGCUGGAAUCGUACGCGUGAUUUGAAAUCACAAGUAUGAUUUCAGACCAAAUUGCACGACAGGAGGUCAAUUACCAUUUUUAUUAUAUCCAUUUUGAAAUUGCUCAAAUAACGGACUUGCUCAGUUCAAAUAUUUUAUUGAUGCAGUGCUGAGCCGGUUUGAAAUUACAUUCAUCCUUUUUUUUUUGAGGGGGAAACAAAAGUUUCAAAAUUUGCCACAUGAUACUCUUUGUCUUUCAUUUUCCUGCAAUUUGGUUGGUUACCUUAAACAAGCCUUGAAAUCUGAUUGGUUGUUUUUUGUUUUUUUUUGGUGUAGCCUCCUCAUUGGCUGAGAAAAAGAUGCGGUUUAAAGCAAAAAAUGGUGCGAUUCGUGAAUAAAUAGCACCAAUUAGAGCCAAUUAGAUUACAGGGACCACCAGUGAUUUCAAAAUUGGUGUAAUCAAGCUUUAAACUGGUUUAAAUGGGGGCCUGUCAUUCCCUGCUAUAAAUCAGCACAGAAAAGAUGCAGGCCAGCGGUUUAUCGUCCUUUUAGUGAAUGCAGUGAUAAUAAUCAAUUAUGAUGCUGAUAACAAUAUAAUUUUUCUUAUAGCAAUAAUAACAGUGUCAACGGUAUUGGUAAGGAUAAUUCUUGCUUUAUUUCAAUUUUCCAUUUAUCGUUUUUCCGCCAGCUGUGACUCAAAUCACGUGCAGCCCUUUUCAGAGGCAAUGUUUCAAUUCGUCCGUGUGUUUGGAAGAGAACAAGUUUUGUGAUGGGCGAGUAGACUGUCCCGAUGGUAGCGACGAGGGAGUAGGGUGUGUGCUUACUGGUUGUCAUGAAGAAAAUGGAGGCUGUUCCCAAGUCUGCAAACAUCUCCCAGAAGGUGUUUAUCUAGGAAUGCACGAAUUUAAAUCAAGGCUGGUUACAUACUGUCUACCGCUGGCCAUAAGACCUCUCACCGCCGCCUGUUUAUUGUGCGCAUAGGCACAGCCGCCUAUCACACCAUAGGCAGCCGCUUAUACGUGCUGUGAUAACAGAUAAAAAUCGAUUUUGUCUCGUAUCGGAGUAGAGAUAACAAAUAAAAAUCGAUUUUGAUUCGUAGCAGAGGUGUGAUAAGAGAUAGAAGUCGAUUUUGAUGCGUAUCAGGGCAAUUUUCAAUUGAAUGUCGAAAGAAAUCCGGAUUGCUUUGGCUUCGCUUUACCUCACCUUAUGACUGGUUCAGGAAAACUCGUGCCACUUUCUCAACCAAUCAGAAUCAAAAGGAAAUCAAUCCUGACUUGUAUCCUCAUUUUUUCUCGCGCUUCAGGCUGUUUGCUCGCUGAGAUCUCAUUGGCAGUUCGUUAUGGUCUCAUUUCAUCUGAUUGGCUGUUGUGAUCAGUUUGGUUUUGGUUUUGCGUCACUCGACCAUGAAGCGCUCUAACACUAGCACGUUUUCCUUAAGAAGGAUACUUUUCCAGGAAAAUUGGCUCGCAUUCUUCGUGAGCAAAGGAAACUUAUGAAGGAGACCUGAAAAGAAGAACUUUUCUGACUAGAGUUUCUAUUCUGUCGGGUAAAAAAAAAAAAAAAUUAUAUCGAAGAUUGUCUUCUUAAGUCUGGUUGUCAAAACCUGGAAGGAAGGCAGUCUUUAGGCGAGGGGAUUUGUUAAGGAAGAUGAGAAGAUAAACUUUGUCCUCUCAUGUCCAGGAUUGAUUUAUCUCAGAGUUCUUUUAAACCCAACCAAAGUACACCAGUUUCACCGAGGAAAUGAAAUGUUUGUUUGGUUCUGAAUUUUUAUGUAUUUAAUUAUUUAUCAAUUUUUUUCAACAGGCAUCUUGUGUUCGUGUCACGAGGGAUAUUCCUUAGACGAUGAUGGUGUCACGUGUCUUGAUGUUGACGAGUGCGACAACCCCAGCACAUGUAGCCAGCGGUGUGUCAAUAACAAAGGAUCAUUCUGGUGUAAAUGUUUUGAAGGCUAUAAACUAGAGAGUGAUUUGAAACGAUGCAAAGCUAACGGUAAGACAAGUGGCAUUUUGUAGCGUAAUUUUUUCCGCAAAUCAUCACUUAGUCGAGAACAUUUUCUUGCGCUUUUGAGUUCGCGACACGCACUUGGUUUGAAUCGUCCAGGUCUAGACAGAACUGAUUACGUGAAUCAAUUAUAUUCCUGUAAUUUGCUUUCUAGUUUUUUCCCUUGCAAAAAAAAAAAAAAAAAAAAAAAAAAAAAAAAAGACUCGUUGCUACUACUCAUAGUUGCAACCGGCUAACAGUAUGGGUCCAUUCUCGAGUGGAUGCUUGUUCAUAGACGAUAAUCUCCUCUCCCUUCUUAUUCAGAUUAAAAGAAACUAUAACAAACGGGUGAUGAGAUUUUAAAGUAAAAAAGCAAACUGUUUGAAGAACGGGAAAAUUCGAGUGAACAUAUCGCGGUCGGUAUUAGUUUCAAAUAUGAUUGGUUGAGAAAGUAGCAAGAGUCAUCUGAACCAAUCGUAGAGCGACAGUUUGCCAUUAGCCAUUUGUACUCCAGGUUUGCAUGGCGUGCUGAGAGACUUAAAUGUCUUGCCCAAGAUCCUAACGUGGUGACUCUGCCAGAGCUAGAACCCAGACCCUAGUGAUUUCUUAGUCCGUCGUAGCUCGGCCUUUGAAUAAGAGUGAAGCUUGGGUGACUCUCCUUUGAUACAUAUCUUUCUACAUUCCGAAUGUCCCUCCUAGCCUCGCUAUUAUUUUAAGUCUUGAUAACAUUUCACAUAAUUUUGACUUGGUCUGUCCUCUCUCCAUAGAUAACAUCACACCAUACCUUUAUUUCUCAACCCGGCGUCAGGUGAUGAAGGUCGACGUUCGCCAUGGAUCCAACCACCUCACAGUACUAGAUGGUCUGUCGAGCGCAAUUGGUAUAGACUUUGACUGGUCUGAACAGCGUUUGUACUUUUCAGAUGUCACUAAAGAUAAAAUCAUACGAUGCUAUCUGAAUGGCAGUGAAUGCGAAGAUGUGAUCACAACAGGACUGUCGAUGACGGAAGGUGAAUAAUUACCAAGUUAAUACCUUUAGCAGAACUAAUAUUUUGCAACGAUUAUGUUGAUGGUAACAUUACCCAACAACUUGUGCUGAGAUAAAUCUCAUUGGACCUGCAGAUGAAAAUCAAGCAAAUAAAUUGUCCUCGCAGGUAGAAGUUUAUCUCCAAGAAAGAGGAACCCUCUAAAAAUCUGCCUCGCUCCUAGCGUGUUGCUUCGUUGCGUGUUGCUUUGUGCCCAGUUGCCGUUAGUACUGCAGGUUUUCUGCAAUUACUAAGAUUGCAGUCCUACCGAGAGGAUUAUUUCCUUUGCUUGGUAACAUUUUUCUUUGGGAAGAAAGAUUCUCCCAUGAGCCCUUAGCAUUACCAUGUCAACUGACAUGUGCCAUGUACCUCGCGAGUUGUUCGAAUGUUUAAGUUCAGCGCGAAAAAUUGUGUGUUGUCCAGGUGGGCAGAAUUUGGCUUUUUCUCGAUAUUUCUGGAAUCUACGGAAACGGAAGUGAUCUAUAAUCGGUGACAGAAGGCAUUGGUACGCCUACCCUCAGUAAGUGGUCGACAACCCUCCAUUUGACAUAAUAAACAGUUAUCUUAUCGUUGAUUUCUAAUAAGUUUCUUUAAAGUCCCCGUCUCCUCCCCCACCCUGGUGGUAACCAUUUUGUCAACACCACCAACGACAAAAGUUAUAGAAAAAAAUUCCAAAAGUAGUCGAGCGUGCCAAGACUUCCGUCACACAGUGUAGUACAAAACCAGAGGGGAAUUUCCUUUGCAAUAUUGCCUUUUAUGGAGAUAUAGAAUCCUGGCUUGAUCCUUAUUGGUGUACUUCAUGGUUGAUGUGAUCUUGAUCUUCUUGUUUCAGGGCUUGCGGUGGACUGGAUUGGACGCCAUUUGUACUGGACUGACAUGCACACCCAUCAAAUCGAAGUCUCUGAUUUGGAAGGCGAAUGGCGUAUGGCGUUGAUUUCUGAUGACCUCAAAUCCCCUCGUGGAAUUGCAGUUGAUCCGAGAGACGGGUAGGCAACUCCAAUUUGUAUUCGAGACGUCUGACCAAUUAGUUCGCAGUUUAUUUUGAUAUUUUACAUCAAAUUUCUCCGUCUUGUUUGAGGAUACAGCUAAAUCUAAAGCACUGGCGAUAAGCAAUAUAUGCUACUUAAGAUGCCUCUUAGUUUAUGCCGUACUCAAACUAAUUUUUAUUUUCUUCUUUACAUUCAGGCUUCUUUUCUGGUCUGACUGGGGUGCUACGAAGUCCAGGAUCGAGAGAGCCGACAUGGAUGGUAGUUCUCGACAAGUACUCGUUAAUACAUCCAUUGAGUGGCCGAAUGGCAUCACACUAGACGUUGCCAACAGGUUUGUUCGACGGCCCUCGCGUUAAAAUCUCUUUCACUUUACUGGAUGCAUGGGGCGUUUCUUUUCUUGGCAGUAUGAUGGAAAUUUGUCACCGUUAGCUAUGGCCUCGUUUUGCAACGAGCUCGCUGUUAGUUCAGUGUUAGGCCAUUGGGGAAACAAUAAGAAAUAAAACUGGUGUCACACAAAUUUGCGGAGUGGGGGGGGGGGGGAAAGGGGAACUAGGACGUCAUCAUGAGAACUCUGUAAAAAGAAACAAGGGUUAGAAAAGAAAAAAAAUUGAGACCUUUUGAACACAACGUUUAUUAUAAUACGGGCGUUUUGAUAAUUUGCCAUAUUGUUUUGAAAUUAUCAGAAAUGUUGACACACUGUAAAUAACUUACUUUUAGCUGUUUUAACUCCUGAGGUAACUAAGCUCUUACAGCCUAAAGGCACGAUUUUAAGCCUCCACUCUGCCACUGCAGCGUCCGUGGAUGCGCAAACCCUGACCGCUGUGUUAAUGAGACUGCACUCGAUAGAGCGGCGAAAUUGAGCCAACAGAAUUGUCGCACUUCGUACUUAACCACCCAAAGGCGUGCUUCUACUCUGCAUUUUUCUCCGCAGGCGACUCUACUGGAUCGAUGCAAGGCUGGAUUACAUUGCCUUCUGUAACUACAACGGUUCUCAACGUUACACAGUGCUUCGAGAUGCAGGAAAGAUUCGCCAUCCGUUCUCCAUUACCUUGUUUGAGGACACGUUAUACUGGUCUGACUGGAGUGAUAGACAGGUCAAACAGACAAAAAAGUUCCAUGAGGGUAACGUUACGUUAGUUCACACUGCUGGGUUUCGACCAAUGGACUUGCACGUAGUCCAUCCUCUUCAACAACCACAAGGUAAAUGAUUUCAUUAUAACAAAAAUUUUAUUAGAUGUAUUUUUUUGUACUGCACAAAUCUCCCUCUAAAUCAGCGAUCCAAGCUACGUUCACCUGGCGAUUAAGUUUGGUGUAAGUCACAGAUUUGGCGACCAAUGCACAGUGGUCACAAGGCUGUUUUGAAGUAGCCGUUAAAUUACAUAAUUUCUUUAUUAAACAAUCAUAUUUUGGAACUAUGUACUGUCGAACUUGUAUUAAGCAGCACCGUAGUGAGCGGUCACCUUGUAUUAAGCGGUCGAAUUUUUCCCCUUAAUCGCAGUAAUUUUCACCUCCAUUAAGCGGUCGCAGUCACCCUUUACUAGAUCCCAAAGGUUGUAUUGAACGGUCACCUAGAGCGGGACCACUCAAAUGAAACUAGGAAUAAUCUUUGAAGUUAUCUUUAAUUUCUUUCCCAAAAUCAAAGUAAGUAGAAUUUUGAGCGAGAUUGUGUACAUUGAGUUGUCAAUCAUGGCACGAAGUGGUGUUUGUAUCGUUUUUCAUAACACCCCUUAUUUGUGCAACCAGCUUUCAGCGGUCAACAUGUUUUAAGCGGUCAUCCCGCCAUUUACCGUGGUUAACCGCUAAAUACAGGUUUGACUAUUUUAAUUAAAAUCUAUCUUUAUCAUAAUUCCUCCUUCUUUAACUUAAACGGAAAUCAUUGAGAAGGAGUGAAUUUUCUGUUUCAGGUGUAAAUUAUUGUUUGAACAGCACUUGUUCUCACCUGUGUCUGCUGAAACCGUCGGGAUACAGUUGUCAUUGUCCUGUGGGUAGGGUACUACAGGACGACAAUGUCACAUGCCUUGGUAAGAUUGCUUCUGCUCGUCUUAAGUUAUUCAACUGUGCAUUGGAACCCGGUAGUUACCCAUCUUGAAAGCUCUUUUCAUUUUUGUUUUUAUUGGACAGUUUAAUGCGGUUUUAAUACUCAAUACAGUAAUAGUCUGGAAAUCAAACGAUUUCCUAAAACACUUAUAUCUCGCAAGGUAUGCAAUGUUAGAUAAAAGUUAUUUUAGCACACUUUUGAUUGAGUUUCGUUUAGCCUAAACCUAAGUUAUGGCAACGGUUAAUUGAUUGGUUUUAUUUUUCCAUCUCACUGGUUGAGAAGCGUUCUAUUGACAUAUGAUAAGCUCCUGAAAGUGUCAGAUUACUUUCGACACUCACUAGAAAAUUACUUUUUUCCACAGAGGAAGCGUUCCUGUUGUAUGCCAAGAAGAACAGAAUCAGUGGAAUAUCCUUGAACCCAAGUAUCACCAAGGAUCAGAUGUUACCUGUGAGACAGUUAAGGACGGCUGUCGGAGUUGAUUUCAGCGUAGAAGAGCAGUAUGUGUUCUGGAGCGACAUCUCUACAGAUUCUAUAUCCAGGGUGUUUGUGAAUGGCUCAGGCCGGGAAACAAUUAUCGAUGGUGAGUGGUAUGAGUGCAGAGUGAGGAAAAUUUGAAAAUUUGCAAUUAUGUAGGAGUACACUUCAAAUGUUAGACUUAACAAUUUGUGAAAACAAGAGUGGGUCACUGAUAGAGAGAAUAAGCAAUACUUUGUUCGCCAAUCUCCACCGACAAUUCCUAAGCCAAUAUUUCACGGUAACGACUGCAGCCAUGCCCUUCCACACUGCACCGAUGUGAAACACUGAAACACUUUUUUUCGGAAGUUUUUGAGUUCUGAAAUCGUCUUGUCACCGCACAAGAAUAUUGGUAGGUUUUUUUCGAGUUCUAUAAACACUUUGAAACAAGGCUAAAUAUUGGACCUUUGUUGUGAAAAUGAGUUGUAUUACGAAAAUAAAAAUCAUUUUCUUAUCUCACGCUUCACUCUAACCCUCGUUUUCAAGCAGAGGAGGGGGUGGGGUGAAUAAGAUGGAAGAGCAGACCACCCCGAAAGCAGUGGUGUUAUACCAAUAUUGUCUUAUGGGGUGGACGCCAGAAUGAAGCUCGGAGUUGAUUUGGCCUUCCAACUUUGGAGGAGACUUUACAUUCUCUUUCUGUGUGGAACGAAUUGUUUUUCUUUUUUUUCUCUCUCUCUCUUUUUUUUAGGUUUUGGCCAAAUAGAAGGCAUAGCAUAUGACUGGACAGCAAAAAAUAUCUACUGGACUGAUCAAGGAAAGAAAAUUAUUGGAGUGGGACGACAGGAUGGUAGUUACCAAAAGAUUCUGCUCACCGUGGGUCUGAGUAAACCCAGGGCGAUUGUGGUGCAUCCUUCGAUGGGGUAGGUGUCACUUGUAGAAAAGUGUUUUCUCUUAUAGUAAGCGCCCUAUCACUUUCCGCUGCAACGACUGCUAAUAUCACUUGCUGAUCUUAGAUCUUUUUGUGAUGCUUAGGUUAUUUUCUCCAGAGACAGCACCACAAAGUUUGUCGCAGUAAUGUAUCGUAUUUUUUCUACCAUGAAAUGAAAAGCAAACUUGUGCCCCCUGUUAACACAAAUUACUGUAGAGCUAAGUUCCUUCCCUUUUAAUUAAUGAUGGUGAUAGGACCGAGUGGAGUCCAAUUCGGUCUGUAAUCAUACGAGUGGUUUACAAAAUUGGACGACCGCAAAGCGGGAGUCCGAUUUGUCAAUCACUCGUAUGAUUACAGACAGAAUUGGACGACACGAAGUCCUGUUACCAAUUAAUCAUAACCAUUACAAUUUCCGAAAAAAAGAAACAUAUAGGACAAACAUCUCUGGUAGGGACAAUGUCUGAAGCAAAAACAUUUGGAAAUUUCCCAGUUUUUUUUCUUGGUAAAUGGUUAUUGUGAUCAAUUCUGUGAUUAGUGGAUUUAGUUGAGUGGACCUAGUAUAAUAGGCUGCUUCAACUGUCCGAUUACAGGUGUUCGAUAACAGCGAAAUGUCCGAUUACACUGUCCGAUUACAACUGUACAGAGUGAUUAGUGAUAUAUAAAGCAGCUGAUGCACCAAUCACAUUUGAGGAAAUUGUAAUGGUUAUGAUUAAUAUUAAUAAUAAAAAACUGACGAUCAAUAAAACUCUUUAUUUUAAAUUAACAACACACAGAGCUGAAAACAAGGGCGUUUCCAAGAGAAGUUAGUUUUUCGGUGUUCAGUUAUUUGUUUAAUGUUAUUGUCAAGGAUUUAAACGAAAAGUUGUGGCAACAUGAAUCCAUGAAAACAUUGCUGCUUCAAAACAACGCAACCUUUUUCAACCACCUUCAUUGUUGCCGUAUUGUUCAGUUUUGUUUAUGUAUUUAUUUCUUUUGUUUGCUUGGUUUUGUUUUUUUUUUACCAUGAAGUCUGCUCUUCUGGACCGACUGGGACAAAAACGACCCCAGGAUAGAGCGUGCUCUCAUGGAUGGCUCAAACAGAACCUCUUUGAAGAGUUCUGGUCUCAAAUACCCUAAUGGAUUAGCUAUAGAUUUUAGCUCCAAUCGAUUAUAUUGGUGUGAUGCUGGACAAGACAACAUUGGGUCCAUGUCGUUCGAUGGAGCAUUAAUCAAAGUACACUAUGCGAACUUACCGCAUCCAUUUGGAUUAGUUAUUUACAAGGAUAAGAUUUUCUGGACCGACUGGCAGACAGAAAGCAUCUAUCGAGGUUCUAAGAGUAGAAGACGAAAGACUGUGUUGAAGAAGGAUACGGAGAAUCUGUAUGGUGUGCGCGUAUUCGCCAAAGAAAACCAACCAGGUGCUGUUUGGAUAAAAAGAAAUUGUUUAUUCAAAAGAACGUGUUGAAUAAUCUCAUACAGUUGUGAGCACUUUUCUUUACGGGACAAAGGAGCCAAUAACUCUGUCUCGUCCCCAGUUUGUUUCCAUCCGCUCUGAAGAAGGGCUAACGCUCGAGACGUCAGCUUUGAAACCCUCAACGGUAGCCAAUUUACAUUAUAAAGUCAGUUGAUAAUACCAAAAUUAUCUCCACAGACGCAGCACCACAGUUUUUUUAGAAACUUACCCCCUUUAUCAUUUGUAGUUCAGUUGGUUUAGCGGGUGGCGGGAUGUUUUUAGAUAAGUCACAGAGAAAAGUUAAAUAAAACCAGUUAUUUCAGGUUACUGUUGGCACUGUAGAUUUGUCAGCACUGAAUUUAAGCAACUGCAAACCGAAUCAAUCUAGUGGCCUAAACCCCCAUUGUUCAAAUUAUGUGUAUGUCAAUGCCAAUAGUACUGCCAUCAUCUGAGUUGUUAAGCGAUCGGUUUAUACCAUUAUUUCAGGUACAAGUGGUUGUUCUGUGAGCAAUGGUAAUUGUACCCAGCUGUGUCUACCAAUGGGAUCAAUGGAAGUUUCUUGCGCAUGCGCAGUGGGAUAUGCGUUAGCCACUGAUGGAAAAACCUGCGAAAGUGUGAACACCUUCUUAAUUUACGCAACAUUAACAGGUUAGCACAAUGUCUGUUGCUGUUUGGAUAUUGUUCUGUGAUUUACCUUGUAGAGUUUUUUUUUAUCAAAAGACAGUGAUCGGCCACCAGGUGAAAUUUGCUCUUGAAACUAACCAUUUUGACGCUUUCUCUUUCCGUGUGCCUAUCUUACGUCAGUGUAAUGUAAACUGUGUGUUGGCCGUUAUGUUGGCAAGUUUGUCUAUCUGUCUACUUUCCUACUUGUCUGCCUUCCUUCCUGGCUGUCGGAUGGGCUUCUUGUCCGUCUCUCUCUCUCUAUCUAUUUGUCUGUCUGUUUGUCUGUCAGUAUGCCAGCCUGCCUGCCUGUCAGUUGCUCUGUGUGUUGGCUAGUCUUUGCGUCUUUAUGUAAGUCUGACGGCCUUUAUCAGCUAUGUCUGUCAUCAUUUUACCUGUUUGGCUGCAAUUAUCUAUCUUUUAAUCAUUUCUCCUCUCCGUACACUAUUCUCCUGCAUCAUUCAAAGUACCUAAUAUGGAUACUGUCAAACUUUCGCAGAGAUCCAAGGUGCUCCUCUGGACCCAAAGAGUGAAACAGAAGUCAUGCAGCCGCUAGGUGUCGUGCGGAACUGCUUCGCGAUAGACUUUCAUGCCAACUCCAGUAUGAUUUUUUAUGCGGACGAUCGCACGAAUACAAUUGGUCAAAUAUCGCGUGUUGGGACAUUAAAAAAGGACAUUAUUAACACCGGGAUUCGAAGACCACAAGGCCUUGCGGUUGACUGGGUGGCUGGAAACAUGUUUUGGACAGAUUCUGGCUCCAACGUCAUCGAGGUACCAGACGAUUGAGUGUUGUCUAUCAAUCCUAAUUAAUAAACUGUCACACAUGAAACUGGCGUUAUCAGCUUAGAAAAGACGGAAACUGAGAACACUUUGGUUUGGCUCUGAGAGGUCAAUUGUGCUUUGACUAAAUGUAGUAGAGUAGAAUGACAUAAGAAAAUCUUCAAAACAACAAAUUUUUUAGCUUGUCUGUUCGUUGUUUAGUUUCUUGACUCCUGGUUUGCUUUUCCCUUCGCAGAAAGCAUUCAUUAAAUGUUUUUGGUGAUGAUAGUUUUUAGAUUGUUGCAGAAAUGGUGCCAAGAACUGCAAAAGCCACCGGAAAACAAAACAAAACAAAACGGAAAGGUUCUAUGUGAUUAAGUAGACAGUGCAAAAAGAGAACGCUUAUUGCGUCAUAACAACCUGAAAGAAACGGUUCUCGUUUGUGCACAAUGAAGAGGGAACCCAAAUUUCGUUAGUCGCGCUGUUUUCGUUGUAUUUAUUGCAUUCUUGUCUACAAUAUUCAUUCUUCUAAAACUCCUGCUCAUCUCGCGAAUAGUCCGUGCGGGAGCGACGAAACUAACUACCAAUUAAACCCGAAUAGCUUCUGUAACUCCUCGGACCGCCCCCAGCCCCCCCUUUUUUUUUUCCUGAACAGGAAAGUUCGUGUAGCCAGUUCGUGCAGCCAGUUCUGAUAGCCCAAACUGAUUCCAAAUUGAGUCUGAAUUAAGUCGGUCCAAAUUGAGUCAGAAUUGGUGUUUUAUGCCCUUGAGCAUCAUGUCAAACUUCAGACGAUUCAACCUGCCCUGAAUUUCUUUCCUUCGAGUGGAAAAAGAUUAGAUAAAUGAUAAAUCAGUUUUUCUUCUUGUUCCACAAGGUCAGCAGACUGGAUGGUACAUACAGAACAGUGGUUAUCUCUUCUGACUACACCAAUAGACCUAAGGCGAUUGCUGUGUACCCAGCCAAGGGGCUGCUAUUCUGGACAGACUAUGACUUGAACACACACCGUCCGAGGAUACACAGGUCCGCAAUGGACGGUUCGGAUCACCAGAUUUAUCCAUUACACGCGGGUGAAGAAGGUGCGGGAAUUUCUAUAGACUACGAGGAAGAUAAGGUGUACUACGUGCAGGAUUCCCUCGACGCUAUGUGGCGAAUGGAUCUUGAUGGUGGUAAGAACCUACUGUUUUUUUUUCCAUUUGUGGUUUAGGAAGUGGAGAAGAUAAGUGGGUUUUGCCGCCGGAUUUUGAAAUUCAGAGGUCCUAGGAUCAAGUCUAGGAACAUGGGUUUAUUUCUUGGUUGUUCGCUUCUAAGCUGCACUCUAUAAAAAGCCAACUUUUCGUACUCCUUGCAAUCUAACAAAUUAUCAAAAUUGAUUUUGUAAGUUAAAAUUUUAUAGCGUAACCGCCAUGUUGAGUCGUAUGACGCGUUGCGAUUAUCUACAUUCUGUUCGUGGGACCUACAUGAGCGGUAAACGUAUGAUUUCAGACGGCAAAACAUAGCAGCUGAGCUUCCGGUUUUCAGAUAUUUUUCUUCUUGUUUCCUAUAUUUUCUAACUAAUCUUAAUAAGACAAGACAUCUUCAUAACUUUAAACCAGUGGAGGCUUCUUGUAAGAAAUUUUUAAUUUGUUUGUGUCUGUAAAUACAAUUCGUGGAUCCUUAAAAUUGAGACACACCUUGGUCUAUGCAGGGGCACAGAAUUGGUUAUCCAUAUGCGAACACGGAGAGCGUAGUGAUUACAGCAUUCUCCUCUCGGUGCCGUGGCCCGUGUUUGAUUCGCGGAGGUGAUGUGAGCCUUUUCGUUCGUUAAUGAUUCUCUUUGUUACUCCGACUGUUUUUUUUCUUUUCUGGCUCGCCGGUUUUUCACCCCUGGCACAAAACCAUAUAACGUGGGGAAGCAAUUUAUCAUUCACCAUCUUUUGGUGAAAUUUUUACAUCCUCAAGGUAAUGUUGUUUCUGUCAUUGGCUCUGCCAUGGAUCAGCCAUAUGCCAUAACCGUACAUCACCAGUUUGUAUACUGGACGACCUGGAAGCGUAAGUCGAUCCUAAGAGCAAAUAAGUAUAAUGGAACAGACGUUACGGUCAUAAGAUCGCAGGUGGAUGGUUUGAGAGACGUGCGCGUGUUCUCACCUCAGCGGCAGCCACCUGGAGGCCCAUGCACGAAUAAUGGUGGCUGUGCAGAGCUGUGCUUAGCCGUGUCUUCGUCCCGGAGAAGGUGAGUUGAUCCUGCUUUAUACUCUUACAAACUGACGCGUCAUUCAUUUAUUUAUUUAUCUGUUCAUUCCUACAACUUUUCACAACUGCGGUAUUGUCUGGCUUUUGCCAGUGUCGGUAACAAGUCUUUUUGCAAGCCUGAACAAUCGGUUUUGAAGAGAGACCUCGAUCUGAUCUGGAGUCCCCUUGUGAACGUCAUCGAAUCCCUCAUUUCCUGCCAACGCAAUGGAUUGUUUGCAGCGAACGGCAAAUAAUUGUGGCAAGGGCUUAUGCGAAUAUCUUCUCUCUUUGUUUUUCAGAUGUAUAUGUGUGUCAGGCCGUACGGCACCCGAUGGCAAAUCCUGCUUAAAUGACACAAGCCUCCUUAUUAUCACUUCGAAAAGGAGAUUUAAGUUCAGAGCUACUAGUCGUCUGAGCAGGCCGCCAAGUUACUCCACAAUAUGGAGAAGACGAAUCAAUAUCGUCGCUUUCGACUAUGACUACGAUUCAAAGCUUAUUUACUUUGCUGAUGCCGACGGGAACGAUAUCAAAAAGGUGUUUCUGAAUGGCACUGGUAUGAAGGUUAUUUUAAAGGGUAUGUGAUCAUUAUAGAGUUGUUACAAAGUAGGUAAUUUAGAUAACUAUUCGAUUGUGUAUCUUCAAAUUAGAACGAAAAUAAUUACUACAGGUGUUCAGCCCAAAGGUCAACAGCAUGUGGACUCAAUGAGUGUUAGCACAUCUUCACGCUCUAACACUAGUUUAGUAUAUAACUAGCAAAGAGGGUGGUUGGAAAGUUCUAAACAGUCGCCUCACCCAUUUCAGCCUUAUGAUAGACUAUAAAUAAGGGGGUAACUUUCUAAAGAAACUGGGUUGUCAGGUCGGUGGGAGAGUAUAAUAGGAUAAUUUAGUAUUAUCAACUGAGUUGAUAACGUAAAUUGGCUACCGUAAAGAGUUUAAGGGCUAACGCUCGAAAUGUCAGCUUUGAAACUUCACGGUGGCCAAUUUACGUUUUCAACUCAGUUGUUAAAUUCCCCAUGAUACAAUUUUCAAAACAAAUUAUACUAUGAUCAUCGAUUAAUCCCUGUUAGAAUGGUUCAAAUAAUCGAUAAAAUCGGCUCUAAUUGAGUUUUUAAUUCUUACACUGUGUUUUUUCACAUGACAAGACCACAAGAUUUGAUGACAGCGGCAGGUUUGGGUAUGGUUUACUGAAUAAUAUAUAGAUUUACUGUGAUGACCGGAGAUCGGCAUGAUAAGUGAAAAACCGGGAAUUUUAACAAUUAUGCCAGUUUGGUUAUAUUUUUCAUCAAAAAGCGUGAAAAUCUUUAAAACUCGGAAUGUCUAUUUUGUUUUUCCUUUGAGGAUUUUUCGUAUCUGCCCACGUUUUAAUAACGUAAAUAACGGCGCCUGGUAUGAAACCUUUCUUUGGUUUUCUGUUAUUGUUGUUGAAAUUUCACUUUCAAUUAUCGGGAAAAAGCUAAAAAAGAAGUCCCGGAAAAGGUCGAACAUGGUACAAUUUGGCAGAUGGCGUGACAGCUUUUCAGUUCUAUGCUCUAUACUCUCAUAGAGCACGCUCUUUCAACCAAUGAGAGCGCGCGUUAUAUCCGAAUUUUAUUAUAAAUAGAUUUAGCCAAGCCUUUACUGAAAAUUAUCCGAAAAAAAAAAAAAAAAAAAAAAAAGGUGCAUUGAAGGAGUGAGAAAAUUUCUAUUGUUAUGAUUUCUGUUUCCUGUAGCUAAUGUGUCGUUUGUAAGUAGAAGCAGUCCUCUGCUAGUGGCAUGAUAUGAAAGUUUUCAAACCACCUUUCAAAGAUUCGUGGCACUUGAUUACCGUUAUAUCAAUACCAUAAAAGUAGGGGGAAACUAAGUAAAUUUAAGACCAACAAACCGAAAUUACCAAACAUGUAAACCGUCCAAAACCCAAAUCAAAACAUGAACGUUAACAAUAAAAGAAAAGUGACAACAACUACUACUAACGAUGAACAUAAACUUAAUGGAAACUCUGACCCACUUAUUGACUUGUAAUGACUUUGUUUUUUUUUGUUUCUUUUCUUUUUUUUUUUUAUAAUCCAUUUAGACGUUAUCACAAAGGCUCUUACAUUUGACUGGAUUACUAAAGUGCUUUAUUGGACAGAGGACACUACGAAACGUAUCGUAAAAAUGCAUGUUAAUUCCUCAAAUCGACAGAUCGUUGUUACCAACGCUGGUGUGUCAUCAUAUCCGUUAAUGGUCCUGCCCUGUCAAAGGUAUGAUGUGAGUGGUCUCCGCAAAUUAAGAAGUCUGCUAAAUGAUUUUUCAGGUUAACUGCAAUGAACCUCGUGCGAAAUACUUGGACACUAGGUUCCUUCACGGGAUAGACUGGCAUAAGCCUCAAAACUUUGUACCUUUACGAUCAACGAGAAACGCUGAUGUCAUCACAUACCUUGUAGAAAGGUAGCGACUCGCUUACACCGCUAUUGAUUUAGGGUUGGAGUUAAGCCCAAAGAACGAACUAUUUUUUACGACUGACUUUGGAAAGCGGGUUUACUAGCAUGAAGUAGAUUCGUAUUGACAGAUGUCAACAAUUUCUGGCACAAUACCAAUGAAUGUUCACGACAUCAACGAAGCAAACAGUCGAACAAAAUGACUUAACUUUAUCAACCGAACGAAACUACCCAAUUGCAAAUGACUAGCGCUUAUUGAGUCUUAGAUAAAUUGACAUGACGGCAAAACUCGGACCAGUCACUUUUCACGAGCCAGGAUUUUGCACCACUUGACUAACAAACAAGUCUUCGUGUGACUCUGAUGUUGAAUUUCGUUCUGAUUUUCGAAACGUUAGUCACUACUGCCGACAAGAGUCCAGUCCAUUUCGGGACUACCUCAUCCGGACAAUCAAACCACACAAUAAAGGAAAGGCGCUCUUAUCAAUUUUUUAAUGAACAAGCAAAUUUCGAAUUUGUCAGAUGAAUCCCUUUGUGCCAACAAAAACAAUAGGGAACCUAAAAAUACACAAAAAUAACUUGUUUGUUUGUUUGUUUUUUCAUUCUCUCUUAGGCUCCUUGUGUGGAGUGCGCAUUCAGAAAUAAAAACUGCGAGCACGGAUGGUAGCAAUGUGCAAACUCUUGUCAACUCUACCACGAAACCAAGAUAUUCAAUGACAUUUGAUUAUUCACAAGAAAGACUCUACUGGGUUGACAUGUACUCUGUGUAAGUAAAUUUGUGUUACAAAACGGGAAAAGUGGUUAAUUUCAGCUCGUAUGGUAUCACAUGAUCCGUGCGCCCCCGUGCGCGCUUUAUCGCAAAGCAUUAUUCCCGUAGGAGGGCCGCACGCAACGGCUUGAACGGGCCGCAGAAACCACACGGCCUUGUGACAUGCGAGCUGAAAGAAGAAAGAAAGAAAAGAAGGAACGAAGGUCAAAUGAUAAAAUGCUUGCGGACUGAAUAAAGUCGGGCCGGACUUUACGCAAGCGUCGCGAAAUCCGUGCGUCAUGACCGAGAGCCCAAUUAUUUCCCGUCCGACCUUAUUCAGUCAAUAAGUACUUAACAUUCACUCAUCAACCCGAUUUUUUACAGAUCAGUCGGACAGUAUACUUGUAGACUUGAGGGGAAUAAUAAACUUCUUCUAAAAGUACUUCAAUUGAAGGCUAGGCAGCUUAUCUUUGAAGCUUUCAAUUGCUAGUUUUUGUUUCUUUUGUUUUGGUUCAUCUUUUUUGCUUUGUUUUGUCUUUUAAUCAACCUCCGUGGAAUUUUUAAAUGAAACCAACGCAAUUAUGCUUUACGUUUGGCGCUCAGUUGAAAAGUGCUUUCAGAGUAUGAUUUAUUUCCCCCUGCCGUUUUUAGUCUGAACUGCUGCCGCAUUCAUUGUCUCUUCAUUUGCAGUGUGAACAGUGUGUUUUUGAACGGAACGAGUCGUCGUCGGGAAUUUUCACUAUCUCCAAACGCCUUGUUCUUGGGUAUCCUGAGAGAAUUCUUGUAUUGGGUUGACGAAAUGAAAUCUGUGAAGCGCGCAGACAAAUACACCGCCGGAGAGCCUUCUGUUAUAGCAGAUUUGAAUUUUUCACCGACGGGGAUGCUAUUGUUCGCUGAAGAGCGGCAGAAUUGUGAGUGUUUGGAUUAUAGUCUUGAUUUGUUUUACCACCUUAGUCAUGCGACGUGUUGCUAAAUAAAGAAACCUCGUGAAUCUUGCAUAUGUCACUGUAAUAUACAAUAUUAGUAUGUACUAAAACAGAGGAUACAGUUGAGGCGCACUCUGAUUGGCUACCUAAAUUCCGAAUACCUCUACAUUCACCUCCUAGCAACUCGCCCGCGAUUUGCGUCCGAAGAUAUCGUGAGCGUUGCAGGAAUAAAAUGGUUUUUUUUGUGAAAUAUCGUAUCACUGUUUUAGUGUCGACAGAAAUAACUGUUCACCUCAAUGACGGUGGCAUGAGACAGAAACUUAUCUCGCCACUUCGCGACUUGGUAAAUAUCCGCCACUGGCCACCUCUAUCUCGGUGAAUAGUUGCCAAUUGUUGCGCUCCAACAUAAUGACUUCUCGCUUUAAAUUGUGGCUGUGUAACGCUUGUAUCGCGCCAUUGGCAAUUUUGGACAAGUCACAUCAUUUCACCUAGUUGUUUUAGGUAUCAUCAAGUCAUGCCAGUGUCACGUCAUAUUAAUACUUACCAGCUUAUUGUUACUGUUAUCUUUAUUUUUGACUUGGUGACGCCUAUAUCACGUCAGUGUUAAGAGAGGCCAGGUUACGCUAUUGUCUCAUAAUUUUCAAUGGCGCUUAGGUCACGCGGGAAUCACGUCAUUGUUAAUAGUAGCAAGGUCAAGCCAUUGUGACCUCUUUAGUUAAAUGGUGACUUGUUCACCCUCAUGGUAGGUCUUCUUUAUUGGAUUUUGUCAAACUGUACAAUUUGAACCUAAUUAGGAGAGAGAAAGGCCACUUUUGAAAGUCGUAGUGGCUCUCGACAGUUUUGUAAGUGGUUGUAACUCUUUGCUAUUGAUUUGCUCUAAAGGCACUGUCAACCCGUGUUUAAAUGGUGGAGGCUGCUCGCAUUUCUGCACCGUUCAAGAUAGACUUCGUGUUUGUACGUGCCCUGAAGGACUUAUACUGAAAGAAGGGUUCCAGUGUGUUAACAGUUCAGUCUUUUGUAGAGGGAGACAGUUUGCUUGUUCAAACGGGAAGUGUUUGCUUGACUCAAUGGUCUGCAACAAGAAAGACGACUGUGGUGAUGGCUCCGAUGAGCUUUCUGCAUUGUGCGGUAUGAUUGUUUGUCAGUGUCACAGCAACUGUGCACCUACCCCUCCCCUAACAAAAAAAAUCAAUUGCUAACAGGAUAGGGUUAAUGUUGGGUUAAGAGAGGGGUAGAUGCACAGUCAAUUUACCACCAAAAACACUUGCGCCUAUUCCUUUUUCCAUCGCGCGCGUAUUAGUUCGCAUAGUUUGUCUCUCCUAGUUCAUCUUGUUAUUCAUCCUAACCUUACACUAGGCGCACGGCACGAGUGUGCGGAUAGGUCCUCUAGUACAAAACCGCCCAUGAAGGGAUGACUCGAAGGAGCGAAAUUAAGAAUGAAUAGAAGACGGAACGAUUGAGUGGGCAAGCGAGCUUGUCCUUAAAACCUUCAGUAUCUCGUUCCACUUUGGUACCAAUGAUGUAACUUUGAAUUUCUUUAGUUCAGAGACAGUGCAGAUCAAAUGAAUUCAGGUGUGAAAGUGGACAGUGUGUUCUUUCGACUUGGAAAUGCGAUUUUGACCGGGAUUGUACAGACGGCAGCGACGAGAAAAACUGCCCCAAAAAGGAGUGCGCCACGCAUAGGUUCACAUGUGCAAAUGGGCACUGCAUAAACUUUGAUUGGAAAUGUGACGGUGACAACGAUUGUGGAGAUUUCUCGGAUGAAACCGACUGCCCUCCUGUUACAUGUCCACCGGGAAAGGCCAAAUGUGGCAACACCGAUGUGUGUAUAGACUCGUCUUGGUUGUGUGACAAGGACUACGAUUGUGAGAAUCACUGGGAUGAGAGUGAAGAGGUCUGUAACAACAAAACCUGUGGAGCGAGCAGUUUUCGAUGCACGUCUGGUCACUGUAUCUCCAAACGGUGGCAAUGCGAUGGAGAGGAUGACUGCGGUGAUGGAAGCGAUGAGGGACUCUGUGAAAAGAACAACCAGACUUGUCUUAGUCAGCAGUUUACAUGCCGUAAUGGUAAGUCCUUUGAUAUGGAGAUUUACGUUUUCCUCUUGUAAAGGCGUUCACUUCUGUCCAACGCACAGUUUUAUUUAGUUUUUCAAACACGUUGGCCUAGUGUUUAGCAUCGCCGCGUUCGAGGCCAGGCCAGCCGGGUCAUGCGGUGUUUUCUUCCACCCAUGAGUAUUGAUGGGUAUCGGUUUAAGUCCAUAAAUGGGUACCAGAAGAUCGACCAAAUUGUGCGUUGGAGGAGUAGAAUCGAUACUUGUGGUGGCUCUAAGCCCUGUUUUUGUUUUAUCCACCACAUAAAUCUCUAUCCGGUGGAUACAAUUAUACGUUUGGUCAACACAUUAACGCUAGAUAACGAUUUAUCCAUUGGAUUUUCUUCAAAUUCUCCGGCCGCUGGAGACAGUAUACGAGAGAUGCCUCAAAGUUUGGUUGUAUGUGUUUUAAUGGAAACUAAAGUUUUAUGAGGCCUUCGCACGAUCACAAUCGAAGGCUAUCUAAGAUACUGACGUUUCGGAUUGACAACUUGUUGGGCGUAUACUUCCUGUCAUUUCACAUAUUUCCGUGAUGAAAGAUUACAAUAACUACGUAAGGUGUGCCCCAAUCCCCGACAAGAUAGCGUUAUUCGCUCCUUGAACAACUGUGUCCAGGCUGCUUGGUUUUAAAUACUUAGCCCUUAACCUUAGAAAGUGAGAAAACGUAAAACAAAAUGAAUCCGCCAAUUGAUGGGCAGUACUCGUUUCCAGGCCGUUGUAUCACCAUGAAGUUUGUGUGCGAUGGAGACGAUGACUGUGAAGACGGCUCGGAUGAAUCUGCUGAUGACUUGCACUGUAAUGACCGCACUUGUGACCCGACCGAGUUCAAGUGUGAGAACACUUCAAGAUGUGUGAUGAUGUCGUACGUUUGUGAUGGCGAUAACGACUGCGGCGAUGCGUCUGAUGAACAUCCUAGAGAAGGCUGCGCGCUUAGGACAUGUAAGCCAACUCAGUUCAGGUAACAGCUCUUUCUAUGAACUACAGUGUAGAAAUUGUAUAUAGCAGGUGUAUCACUAUCUUAACCAAAAAAAAAAAAAAAGGAUUCGUUAUGUUUUUUCAAGGUCAAUCUUCUUUAUUCUUUAUUCUUGGCCAUCCAUCAACCCCACCCCCCACCCCUCUAUUUCCACCCCAUCAUACGCUAUCAUACGUGUGGGUUUGGUUUUUUACAACUAGUCUGAAACCAAAUUUCUUGCAUGUUAUUACUCAAUAUGAAGUAUGAAAAGGUUACUUGUCUUGAAAUAUUUCAGUCUUAGCCUAGUUAGGCUUUCUUUCUUAAUCAAAGUUUGCACCCACCAUCAGAACUGAUAGAUCUGUCCCUGAUCUGCCUACGCGUGGGAACUACUGUCUGAAGAUUUCCUUGAAAUUAACGAGAAUUUUGCGACCCCUGAGCAACUCUAAACUCCUCUAUGCGCUAAAAGUUACUGACCAGCAACUUUCAUUCAAUGUUGAUAUAUUAUCCCUAACCCUUUAAUCCCUGAGACUGACCAGCAUCUAAUUUCUCCUUUUAAUAUCACCCCUGAAUCAAACAUUAAGGUCAUGAGAAUUAAGGAAAUGAUAAUUAACUGAAGAACCUCUUGAUUGUUAAAAAAAUUCUCCUUGCUAGCACAUUAAAAAAUGUAUAGAGAACAGUUUGGAGAGUAUGCAUAUUGAUGUUAGAAAGGAAACUUAUCAGAGAGAGUGUGUUAUGUUGAUAUUAAACCACGUUGUGGUAAACGAUUGAUAGGGAAAUCUAGCAUCAAGAAGCGAGAACUAGAGCUUACAGCUUGGUCAAGGAUUAGGCAUAAACCUUUUAAGUGGGGUUUUAACUUCUUUGUCUCCCCCACAGAUGUAAAAACGGUCUUUGUGUGCAGAAAGCCUGGUUAUGCGAUGGCGAGAAUGACUGUGGCGACAAUUCAGACGAAGAAAACUGCCAAAAUCAUACAUGCAAUGAGAAACAGUUCACCUGUAAGAGUGGAUAUUGCGUCUCUAGUAGUUACAUUUGUGAUGGGGAUCGUGACUGCUCGGAUGGCUCUGACGAAGACCCGAAGCUCUGCCGAACGACCGGAGCACCUUCGUGUCCCGCUGGAUCGUUUAACUGCGGUGAAGGUACCUGUAUUUUGAGGGAUAAAGUCUGCGAUGGUCACGAGGAUUGCAAGAAUGGAGCAGACGAAUGGAGGUGUAAAAUAGGCGCGUGUCGUCGGCCGGAGCUGAACCGAUGCUCGCAGAUCUGUAACGGUACAUCCACUGGGUACACUUGUAAUUGCAGACCUGGUUUCAAGCUUCAAUCAGAUGGCUCGUCUUGCGAAGAUAUCAAUGAGUGUAACAAAUACGAACUUAACCAGUGUAAUCACUACUGCAUUAAUCUUAAAGGCCACUACAAGUGUGCUUGCGCCCGUGGGUACUCACUGCACGGUUUAAGAACAUGUAAACGCGACGAUAUCGCGCUUAAACCCUACCUGGCGUUUUUACUGCGUCAUGAGAUUCGCAAACUUGCCGUCGAUGGUUCUUGGGAAGGCGAAAUUUUACGCAAAGUUCAAAACGCAGUCGCGGUCGAUUUUGAUUGGUUGGAACAGCGUAUUUAUUGGACGGAAGGUCGCGCUCCGCCGCGUCUCAAACGUGCGUUUUUUAACGGCACCAGUGCAGAAGUUGUCCUAGCAGCUGGGUUGUCCAACGUGGAAGGAUUAGCCGUAGACUGGGUAGGGAGAAAUGUGUACCUCGCGGAUCGAAUCCAGGACAAGAUAUUCGUGGCAACUCUGGAGGGACGUAACAUGAAAACACUCGUAUCACAGGGGCUGCAGGAGCCCAGAGGAGUCGUGGUUGAUCCAAGUGAUGGUAUGUUCUUAAUAAAGAUUGCUCAAAGAUACGAGAUUUUUCCCUCCUCCCUUUGCACCCUAGUAUCAGUACAGUAUUCUGUAUACUGCUCUCUCUGCGUUUCCUGAUGUACUGACAAGGAAAAAUUGUUUAACACGCAGGAGCUUCCCUAGUUUGUAAUCUUUGCCCUAUUAUCAUGAUCUUAAUGUGUGAUUCAGACGUGAUAAUAUACGGAGAAGUCAGCAUUGGGGUGAAUGUGUUACUUUCCUCGAGGGAUUUUUUUUUAUUCAGUUUUUAAAUACGAAAUGGUUCGUUUCGACCUGUGCCGCACUCGUUUCCCUCAUUAAGAAAGUUUAUCACCUAUUUCGCGAUGAUCUCCUUAACUGGAAGGUAUUUCCUUACUUAAUUAACAGUGCGAUAAUUUAUUACCGUGGCUUCAACGAUCCUCGAUUCCUAUAAGAAAGGUAACCUAGUGCCUUCUCUACUUUCACUUCAACAGGCCACUUGUUUUACAGCGACUGGGGAAACAAACCGCAUAUCGGAAAAUGUGGAAUGGAUGGCUCUGGCUGUCGAUGGCUCGUCACCAGUAAAUCCAUAGGUUGGCCCAACGGAUUGACCCUCUGUUUCAUUACUAAAAGAUUAUUCUGGGUAGAUGCCAAGUUGGACGUGGUCGAGUCUUGCGAUCGAGACGGAGGAAAUCGUGUACAGCUGUCUCAUUUGUACGCCCCGCAUCCGUUCUCUAUUAGUGUGUUUGAGGAUUUUGUGUACUGGACUGAUUGGAUGACGAUGGCCAUUCAUCGUGCUCAUAGGCUGACGGGAUUGCAGCAUACUGUUCUGUUGAAUUCAACUCACAGGCUCAUGGGUUUACAAGUAAGCGUAGUUGUUUAUGCAUAUUUGAUCUAAGUGUAAACUUACGUUUCGUGUGUGCCUUUACAGUCUUCCUAAUACAAGACGGAUUUAGAUAACGAUCGAGUUUUGUCAAAUGCGUUGGAAAGGAGUACACAAUAAUUUUGCUCCGUUUCAUUGCUUUUUUUUUUUUUUUUUUUAAGAAAAUGACCGCACUUUCUUCACUUCGGUAUUCCGGCGUAAUAACCCUCUUGGGAUGUUGAGAGAAUAAAAGAAAAGUUUGUUAAUAACGACCCGGAUGCGAGCAUAAACAAACUUUUUUUUUUUCAUUUUGAAUGUGCAUAAAUGACUUCAGAACUAGAUAUUGAUGUGUCCUCCUGUUCUAGGUAGUUCAUCCCAUACGUCAGCCUCCUCUUCCCAAUCCUUGUAUGAACGCCUCCUGCUCUGGCCUGUGUCUGUUGAAGCCAGGAGGGAGCUACAGCUGUGUGUGUCCGGAUAACUAUCAUUUAGCCAAUGAUGGUAAAACAUGUUUGGACAACUGCACCAACAGUGACUUCGUUUGUGCAAACAACAUGUGCAUUCCACGCUUAUGGCGGUGUGAUGGAGAUGAUGAUUGUGGUGAUGGCUCUGAUGAGCCCCCCUCCUGCCCACCAAGACAUUGUUCACCAGGUAACACUAAGAUUUGUACUUCGAUCAAGGGGGGUUGGGGGUGGGGUGGGGUGGGGGGAAGGGGAGGAAGGUGGAGUACAUUAACAUAUCAUUCCUCCUAUUUGCCCACACUAUUUACCAGGUGACUGUUAGAUUGUUGUGUACAGCGGUGGUAUUGAUUACGUUCCGCUCCUUCAGACGAAGUCAUUGUUCCCUUUUCCUCUUUGACAACUGUUGUUCUGAAAGUGACUGUCAACUUAAUUCGUAAACCGACAGCAUCAGAAUUUGGAGGAAAGGGGAGUUGGGAGGGAGACUAACGAUCUUGGCUUGCACUCAUGUUUCUGUCGAUCACUGUUUUCUACAUAAAUGUACUUGUUGUCUGGUCUUGAGCUUUCUCCAUGUUUGUCUUAGGGAUGUUUCAAUGUGAUAACUCGACGUGCGUUUCGGUCAUUGCCAUCUGCGACGGUCACAAAGAUUGCCGGAACGGUGCCGAUGAAGAGUCAUGCGCAGUACGACAGUGCUUCCCUUUCCAAUUUAGAUGUGCAAAUAACAAAUGCGUAUUCUUAACUCAAGUGUGUGACAACCGCAAUGACUGCGGUGAUCAUUCCGACGAGGCGCACUGCAAAUCGACCACUUGCUCUGGCGACCGCUACACCUGUCCCGGCGGUCGCUGUAUUAGCCGCCAGUGGCUCUGUGAUGGCGAUAAUGAUUGUGGAGACGAAAGUGAUGAGUCUCGAGAGAUUUGCCGCAAUCAUACCUGUGACCCUCUGUCACGCUUCCAGUGUAACAACUCACGCAAAUGUAUCCCAAAGCUGUGGACUUGUGACGGAGAUGCCGAUUGCAGCGAUGGUUCGGACGAAUCCGUAGAUGUUUGCGAAGGUACAUAUUUCUCGUAUUUACAGAUUUCCAGUUUAUAAGCUCCCCUCUCUCAAUACUUAUUAACCUAGGGGUCCAUGAAAUUAUAGGUUCAUUUACCUGCGUAAAUCUUGAACUCUUCAAUAGAAUCCCGUUGUCUGUAUCAUAUCAUGUGCUUUUUAGGACAUCGGUGACUACUAAACUUUUUUAUCCUAGUACCUAUUACCUAACAGGUCCGUUGAGGUUUGUUCUAAGUUUUUCUUUUUUAAUUGCUUGCAUCAGUCUUGAACUCUUGAUUUAAGGAUCUUAUUCUGUGUUUUCCCCCGCCACCUCUUCAGACCUUUUAUCUUGACUGCUGCUCACCCCCCUUGGUUCAAAUUUAUUUCUCCCCCAGCCCAGUGAAAGCUGAGUCCAUGUAAAACAACAUGUGCUGGUGGAUAAACUGUUUUUUUUCGUUACUCCCAUCAAUUUCUGACUCUUUUAUAAGGAACUAAGUUUUUGUAUUAUACUGCGUGUUAUUUAGGACACCUGUGCGAGGCUGGCUCGUUCCAGUGCCGCAAUAAACACUGUAUUCCCUAUGAUUGGAGAUGUGAUGGUGAAAAUGACUGCAACGACGGAGCUGAUGAAGACAAAUGUCCCACGCGUACUUGUUCAAACACUGAGUUCAGGUAACCGUUAACCGAAGGUACUCAACACAUCUUUGCUGGGUUCAUUUGAUGUUGUUCCUCUGUCACGUUACGCAACGAGUCCGUUUUUUCUUUUGAUUCAGGUGUAACUCCGGGCGUUGUAUCAACAUUGAAUGGGUCUGUGAUGGCGAGGAUGACUGUAGCGAUGCGUCAGACGAGCGUGACUGUUCUCGAAGAUCGUGCAGAGGCGACCAAGUGCCCUGUAGCAAUGGUGAUUGUAUAAUGAAAGAUUGGAAGUGUGAUGGUCAGAGAGACUGCGAUGAUGCAUCAGAUGAACAGGGUAACGUGAAGUCUAUUUAUAAGAGUGCGUGUUGUAGCUGCCGGAUCAUGAUUAGUUUGUAUUCAGUUUUACCUGACCAUUCAGUUUUUAUCCAUUUAUACUCCGGGGUAGAGAGACCUCUGCUAGAGUUAAGUGUAUUCUCGCGAACACAGCACAUCGAACUUGGCCUCGUUUUAAUUGUAGAGACCAUUACUCGGUGAAAUAGCCUUCAUAGCUUUCAAUUGGCUACGCUUUGAAGACUUCAUUUCCUAAAACGCAUUUUUCGGAAAUCGCCAUAAGUGAACAAAAAUUGAAAUUUUGAACCUAAGGAUAUUCCCUAUAUUUCUUGCACAGGUUGCCCAGCACGUUACCCAGGUGGUCGACAUUGCCCUGCGCAGACGUUUACUUGUGGUAAUUUGGUAUGCGUGCACAAGACGUGGGUUUGUGACGGUGACGACGAUUGUGGAGAUGGAAGUGAUGAGGCAGAACAGCUCUGUCGUAAGUGUUGUUCGUAGACAAUUUUCCUUUGUUUAUUUGAACAAUAACUUCCAUGUUGUGCAAAAAUAUGCUCCGGUAUUGGCCAUUGUUAUUGCUGCCGCCAUUACCACUACCACUGCUACUGCCAUUUCCACGGCUUUUAUCAUUGUCAUUUCUUUUGCCACUGCCAUCGCCAUUUCCUUUGCCACAGCCAGUUUUUUUUUUGCAGCUAUUAUUACCAGUGCCAUCACCAUAACCCUAGCCAUUGCCUUUGCUAAUACCAUUGCCAUUGCUAUUAUCACUGUGAUCACCAUAAUCAUUGACAUCUCUGUUUCCAGUGCUAUUGCGAAUACCAUUACCAUCGCUAUUACCCUUACCAUCGUUGAAAGUCAUUACCCCUGUCAUCAGGGAGUUUAAGAAAACCACGACGUCGCUAAAAAAAAAAAGGUUCAACGAGCAGAGCAAUGGCUUUGCACGUGCGUUGUAAAUCUUUAUUGAUUUCUGCGCGUCCUCUGCAAAACAUCAACCUGAAAUUACCAAACUUUGUGUUGAAUGGAGAACGUGAAUGACGACGGCUAUUUUUUUAAAAUUUAUAUUUCUAAUUUAACGCUGUGUUCCAUUUUCAGUCCCAUAUUCAGUUUUGAAAGUGAAAAACAAACUCUAUAACUUGUUAAGAGUAUCGCGAGAUUCGAGAUUCGUGGGUAACCGACGUUGUCCACGGCGUUGCUAUCGUCGUUUCUUAAAAUCCCUCUUACCAUUGCCAUUGCUAAUGCAGUCGCUAUUACCGGUCAUUUCCAUUGCUAUAACCAUUGCCAUGACUGUAAUCAUUGCCAACACCAUUACCAUCGCCAUCGCCUUCGCCUUCGCCAUCGCCAGCGCCAGCGCCAUCGCCAUCACCAUUACUAUUGCCAUUGCUGUAACUAUUGCCAUGGCUAUGAUCAUUGCCAUUGCCACUUCCAUCAUCCUUACCAUUGCCAUUGCCAUUUCCAUUGCAAUAACCAUUGCUAUUACCAUUGCCAUCACUAAAAUUAUUGCCAUUGUCAUUGUCAUUGCUGUUAUUACUGUCAUUAUUGUUAUUAUAUGUGAAGAUUCAUUUAUCCACGUUCCCUUACAUUGCUAUGACCAAUACUAUUAUCAUCGAUUUUACCCUUAGCACUGUUGUCGCCAUUACCUGUGUCACUACCAUUGCUGAUGCAGUCGCCAUCACUAUUCAUUUUCUUUGCUAUAACCAUUGCCAUGACUAUAAUCAUUGCCAUUGCCAUUGCCAUUGCCAUCAUCAUCACCUUAUACCAUUGCCACUGCCAUUCUAGGCUCGAAGUUAACUUUUAAGUCCACUUGCAAAGUUUUGCUGGUAACAUUUUUCCAUCACUGGCAAAUUCUUUCCCUUUGAAAUGUCAAAGACCACAUCUGAUAUAAAGAUUUGAAUUAAUUUUCGCAUAGGCUAUUAAUGAGCUGAAAAGUUUUAUAAGAAAGGUGUUAGAUGUUUUCGUUGUCCUGAAAGCCACCAACAUUUAUUGCAUGUUUGGGAGACUUGGACGAUUUUAACUAACAAACGUUUACUGGUGGAUAUUUUUCUCACUCGCAAUUUAUCUAGAUCACUCGCAUUUCGUGAGGUUGCGGGCGUUAAUUCCGAGCCCUCCAUUACCAUUACCAUCACUAUAAUUAUAGCCAUUGUCAUUGCCAUUGCUGUUAUUACUGCCAUUAUUGUUUUCACGAUAUGUUAAGGUUCAUUUCUCUGCGUUCCCUUACAGGUGCUCACAGCUGCCUGCACACGCAGUUUCGCUGCGAAAACAACGUCUGCAUUCCCAAAUGGCAAGUCUGUGACGGUGUGACUCAUUGUCGUGACGGGUCUGAUGAACGGUCUUGCUCUGCAGUCGCGAUUGGUUGUAACGCCACCCAGUUCAAAUGCGCUAACCGGAAGUGUAUUCCUAAUGGGUUUGUUUGUGAUAGUAAAGAUGACUGCGGUGAUGCGUCGGAUGAGAAAUAUUGUGGUAAGCUUGUCACAGCGGUCAAAUAUCGGGCGUGCGCAAGAGGAUCAAUUUUAUGCGCAUAAUUUCAAAGAAAAGCAAAAGAAAUAACCGUUGUCAUGCAAAAUUUGCCUUCAUAAAAGUCAAGUAAAGGAAACAAAAAGUAGGGAAACCAGAAACUCGAGAUUUUUUUAUUACUAAGCCUAUUUAAUCACAGGUUUUCCCGUGAUUCAUUUUGUUCUGAGCUUUUCAAAAACGCGGGUUUUAAACGCGGUGACUUACUGGCCUAUGUUAGCCCUUUUUGAGAUAACUAUACGAAAAAUGCUCAGCACCGAGCAUUUUCCAUAUAGUCUUGUUCCCUCGUAGGAAACUAACUUUCUGAGACACCUAUUGCCUUCAUGGCACUCAGCUCACAUUGGCCUCCUUCAUCUCCAGGUGGAAGACACAAAUCUUGUGGGGACACCAACGGUGGCUGCGAGCAGAAUUGUACCUUGCUUGACGGAGGGGUGGUGUGUUUCUGCUGGCAUGGUUUUGAACUGUCCGUGGACUUACGGAAGUGUGUGGACAUUGACGAGUGUCAGACAUUCGGUGCGUGCAGCCAGCAGUGUAUGAACACGCGAGGAAGCUACAAGUGUCAGUGUAAUCAGGGCUACGUCAGUGAUGGUGUGGACGGAAAAGAAUGCAAGGCUACAGGUGAGUUGGUUCAUUCAUUUAGUUAAUAUCUGAAGUUUGCAACCUAACAUUCAGUCGAUAAUUGCAAGAAAUUUGGAAAUAAAUAUGAGGUUGUACACGCUAUGGAUACGAGUUUUAAAUUUUUCCGAACUCGAAGAAACUUAAACUGAAUUUCGGGGAAAGUGUUUGUGCAGUGCGAUCGUAAAUGUUUCGGAAAUGAUUAUUUAGCGUUCCCAAGGGGUGUGGAUGAGAGUAUUUUUAAUAGGGAGGCUGAGUGUCCUAAACCAGUGUCUUGUCGCGGUACAGAAGAUUACCGGGUGGAAUUGUUACGUAAUAUGAUCACUUCUCUUAUCAAAUAGGAUCGCAUAAUGCGCCUCCCUGGUCUCUUUCUUGUAAUGUUAGAUUAUGCGGUACAAUCUUUUCCUAAAAUUGCAGGGAAACCUCCAUCUCUUCUUUUCCCAUCUGGUGGAGAUAUCCGGCACAUGGGGCUGGACGACAAUAACAGGGGUCCUUACGGAACAAUAGCUUUCAGCCAGGGUUCCGUAGGGGCUAUAGCUGUGUGGUGGAAGGAACAGCUGGUAUAUUGGACCGACUUGAGGAAAGGCACCAUCAAACGGGCUAAAGUACCAGGUGAUACAUCUUUCCAAGGCUACCUGUAAUAAAUGACCUUUAACUCCCUUUCCGCUUCGGUUUGCAGUUGGUCCUGAUGAAGCUUAUUGUCCUCGGAAGAGGGUUUUAUAGCGGAGCUCGUGCUUCCAAAUUGUACUAGCGGAGCCCCAUCCUUAAGUAAAGAAUAUUCUAUGAAGCGUAGAAAAUUAGGUUGUCUCUCGAUGAAAACGUCCGUUUUUCCACAUGCAAACCCUAAUUCCACUUGCCCUACAUUCUAAAAUGCUUGAAAUUUGAGCAAAAUGAAGAGAUGUAAAAUUCGAACAACGGGAGCUGUUCUUUUCGCUCAAGCAAUACUACUCAUUAUUUUGGGGGCCUUUUUUAAAAUUAUUCCUUCGGCUUUUUUUCAAGGCGGGGAAGAAUUAAAUCGUCGUACGGCUCGCGCUGUCCCUCGAAAAACAAAGCAGGAAAUACAGGAUCUUUACGUUCCAGUGGGAAGAGCGGAAGGUUUAGCCGUGGACUGGUUAAGUGGGAAUAUCUAUUGGACUGACGCAAAAAAACGCGUCAUUGAAGUGGCAUCAAAGGAUGGUUACUAUAGAUACACUUUGUUCUCAGGACGUAUGAACAUGCCACACGCCCUUGUUCUUGAUCCGCCUGCCGGGUUAGUAUUAAUGGUACUUUCUUAACACGGCUGGUAAUUUGCAUGUUAAUCGAACUUUGUUAUGGUUUCGCUAUGAAAAUUCCAUGUUGGCCGCAAACAUAUCAUGACUUUCUAUAGAAGGGAAACGAGACAAAAUAUUUUGGGGCGAGCUGAUAACGGUGGAGGCGAACUUGUAAUAGAGCGAAUUCACCAUAAACCGGAGACACAUGCAAAUUUUAAUGAUCCAUUUUCUGGAGCAGUUCGAAAUAAUUUGAAGUUACCAGUCAAAAUUAUUAGCUCGCUAGUGGGUGAACUCGCAAGGUGGAAGAGGGCGAACUUGUGAAGGGGAAAGUUAGCCAUAACCCGGAGACACAUAGUGCUAUGUCUGAAAUAAUAUAGUAAUCAAAGCUUAUUAGAGAAACUGGUCAAAGUUACCAGUAACAGUUUCGGGAAUUCCUCACUAGUUUCGGGAAUUCCUCCGUGGCAAAAGAAGUAUAGUAUCCCGCAAUCACAAUCACAGGUUUUCUUACUAUAAACACAACCGUUUUCAUUCUCGCACACCUUUUGUAAGGAAAAACACUCCCUCAAAAGCGACAUGCAUGACUACACUCAAUCUAAACUCAACUACUUUCGGGCCCAGUCUCUGAAACUAGAGCUCUGUACCUUGUGUUUUAGGGGCGGGUCCAAAUCGCGCUAUCUGUAUGUCGCAAAUAAUUCAAGCGUUAUUUUUGAACUGCAGGCGAAUGUAUUGGUCCGAAUUGGGUUACCAGCCGGCCAUUUACACAGCGCUCAUGGAAGGAGGGAAUCGCACAAUUCUUGUACGGGACAAAAUCCAGUGGCCGGUCGGAUUGGCCCUUGACGUUCCAGCGAAACGACUCUACUUGUGUGACUCUAAAACAAGACGUGUUGAAUCUGUUAGCGUAGACGGACUUCACAGGAAACUUGUAAGAGAGUUUCCAAGCAAUGAUAUACCCGUGACGAUUGCGUUGCACGAGAAUUUUGUUUACGUCACAGUGCAAGCUGGUAAACUGUACAAGUUGAACAAGUUUGGCCAAGGUCCGCCGACGGUUUUGGUGCAUGGACUCAAGCGUCCAGUUGGGUUGGUUGUGUUGCAGCAACAGCAACAACAUGUACCAAGAGGUUAGCAAAAUUUCGCUGCUUAGGUUCUCAGUUGACUAUUUGAUGUAUACUCUUUGUGUCGUUAAGUACACGUUGUUGUGCAAUUGACAUCGCAUUGGCUGAUAAGAGAGGUGAACAAACUGAAAACAAAAGCUUUCGGUUGAAUCGUAUAGGGUCGUGCGGUUUUAAGAAUGUUCUCUUUUUUAGUCGGAAUUGCUUCGGAACUUUUCCCGUAAAGUUAAUGCAAUGCGAAGUUUAAAUUUAGUUUUUUGAAGUAUUAGAGUGCUUUAGGUUUAGUGUUGUAAAAUCAAAGCCAAAUUAGUUACCAUAGCCCAAAUUGCUAAAUAUUUUUUUUUUAUCCUCAGACUUUGUCAACAACUGUGCUGUCGGAAAGAACAAGUGCUCUCACCUUUGCCUGUCCAGUCGUCAGAAGCCUGUCUGUGUGUGCCCCACAGGAGACCCAGGAAAAUCUGGUGACUGUCAGACAGGUAUGCGUCUGUUGUUGUUUUCUUAUAUACAUUUUUCUCACCUUUGUUCGAUUUGUCCGACAACGUGAUUGCCAGUUGAGUACCCUUAUUAGCGAUCAGUUUUAACUACCUCAAGUAGUACCUCGUUAUCUCUUUAUGCUGAAAUUGAGAUCUGACGCCGCAAGAAUCGGUAAACACAUCCAGUCAUUCUAGAAAUUCUUCAUGAAUAUGGAAUUUCAUCGUUUAAUCCAUGUUUCCCUCGGUGUAGCCGUUUGAACUCCUUAAGGUCUCAUAUGCAUUAUCCUUUCUGCUUUUACUCCUUAUCUCUGUUCCUCUGCUUCUUCUUUCUCCUUUCCACUUAAGUAGGCUUUUUUUACUUCUUUUUGCAGGAAUUAAACCGCCCCGUCCUCCCCCAGUGUGUUGGCUUGGACUGUGUGGAAAAGGAACUUGUGUUAAUGUGAGGAAUAAUGCCACUUGUCGGUGAGUUUCAUCUACAGCUGCUCAACUUUCUCUUUCUCUAUGCUUCUCAAAACUCAAUUUGGCGACCUAAAUCACACUAGAGGUAGCCAGAUAUAGCAUUUUAGUCGCUAGGAAAAAACCCAUCGUAAUGACGACUUUCAACGCGGCUACCACAAUUUUUCUCGCCAAAACGGCCCUCUCGUUAAUUUCUCUCGGGGAAAAAUUAGGAAGGACAUUUUGUGUUAUGUUACACAGCAUUUUAUGGAAACGUUUAUCUGUCUUAACUCGAGGUUACAAACACUAAGAAUUAAUAACGUCACAGCUUGCUAAAAAGACCGUGGGAGACAGAUCGACAGAUUAGCGACUUUUGUGAAAAAUUUGGUCGGAAUUUUUUUUCUCUACUCAAUAUUUACUUUGUUGUAUUUUUAUUGUUUAUAUUCUGUCUGUUUGUUUGUUUAUCUUCUCUUCUCCAGUUGUCCAAAAGGUUGGACUGGAACACGCUGUGAGAUAAGCUUCACACCCACCCCACAGUUAUGUACAUUGAAGUGUCUGAAUGGAGGGAUUUGUGUCAUUGAAGAAGGAAAACCGAAAUGCAAGUACGUUGUGUGUUUUUAAAAUAUUUUCAUUUCUAUUUCCUUAUCUAGAGAAAAGACGUUGUCCUUGACGUGCUGUUCAACUGAUACAUACAUACGUGCAUUAGUAUUGCGUUACUUUUGCUUGUUACAUUAUAGCCAGGAGCUCUUCAGCGCGAGCCUCUAUGUCCUCUGAUUCCUUGAAUCAACCCUUCACCUAGUAGGUUUAAUUUUUACAACGGCGUUUUCCCGCGAAAAGUGUUAUAUUUCUGUUGAAUCAACCGCGAAUCGUAGAUAUCGAUUUCGCUGCCCAAUGCAUGUGAGCAGACGUUUGAAGGAAAACAACGGGAUUUUCAUAGCUCUUUUUGAUUAGGUCCUAGAACUCUAAACUUCCCCUGGGUGCUUUUCUUUCAACAGAUUUUUCUGGCAGAGUGUUAACUCUGAGGCGUAGAUAGAGGAGAUAUAGGCUGCUAUUGAUGUAUAAACUUCUGUUUAUAGCUGUAUUCUUCUGUUUACUGUUGUAUACUCUUUCGUAGUAUCCUGGGAUAACGUUUGUGCAAAAGCAGUUCUAAUUAUUGUUUUCCAAGUAUUCUGGGUUUUGUUACAAACUUUACAGCUUAGUGAGGGAGCAGCAGCGUUACAAGGUGGAUUUGUCACGUUAAACCGUAUGAUUGUUGAGUUUUUUUUCUCUCUUUCCAGUUGCCUACCACGAACAAUGGGUGAAUUAUGUGAGGUCACGUGUGCUCUGUUUAGCUGUAGUCACGGAGGAACAUGUAUUGUAGAAGAUGGGCAUUUUGCUUGCAGGUAAGAACAGUUCCUUGUCCAAACAUGGUACUGCCCCUUUUCUAAUUAAUACCUCGAGGAUAUUACAUUGCCGCAUACCGGUACGAAUUCAAAAAAUAGCUUAUUGGAGGUUCAUCCACAAGCUUAACAGUUAGAACCAUCGUUCUGAGACAGAUAGAUAGCACCUUAUGGAAAUACUUUCAAAAGCUUUAAUUUUAGUGGUUGCAAACAGUUUAAUAUUUUUCCUGAACUUGAUAAUUAGUACCAGAUUGUAUGACAUGAUAGAUAGUGCCUCAUCGAAACAGUACCGAGUGGCUUUCCAAAUGGGGUCUGUUUUCCAAACUUCUUAUUAAGUUACAAGAGUUAAGUAAAUUACCUAACUUUAACGCCUGGUUUGUUCUGUGUUCUGCAGAUGUCGAAAAGGAUAUCGUUACGUCGGAAACAAAACUUGUGCUUUAGACCCAUGUUUUGAAGAUAAUCGUCCUAGAGAAUUAUGCGGUGAUCUAGAGUGUGUUGUCAAGAAUGAUACCAACGAAGCAUUGUGCCGGUAAGAUGCACUGAUAUCAAUUGUUUAGACAUGAAGCAAAGUUUGUUUUGAACUGAUCUGCUUGAAAUGAAACUAGUAAUUUUAAUGAAGCGAAAGGUAUGGUGUUCUCGCAGUGAUUUGGUACUACAAUAUACAAUCUAUUAUAUCAUUUUUAGAAUUUCUUUGAUUUUGCCGUUUUAGAUGUGCCAAUGGAAGCUUGGCGAAGUCUUGCGGGAAACCGCAAGUACUGGGGAGAGUUGACCACGGCGGUGAGUUGUUAGUUUGUUUUUCAAAGGAGGAGACUUUUUUCUUGGUAUCUAAAUUAUGUCACGAAAAAUGAACUUUGUUAUGGUUUGUUAUCUUUCUAAAACUCAUAGAAACCUUGGUUUUAUUAGUUUAUAAACGGUUAAAGGUCUGUGCGAUAGACUUCGGGUUGAGAGGUCUGGGUUUCACACCUGGCCGGGUCAUUAGCGUCCCAUGCAGAGGGGGUUGGGGAAAGAAACCGGGAUAAGCUCCGGCUAGAAAGGCCUUUAGCUAAACCUUCCCUUCCUUUUUUUCUUAAACGAGGAAGGUAAAGAGUGGGGGUGGGGGUGGGGGUCCUGUGCACGUUACACGCAUAAAAAUCGGAUUAACAAAUUUAAGGUUCACAUAUCGCAAAAAGCAAAAAUAUUCACAGUGCACGAGGUUUUAAUUACGUAUUUUGACUGGUCAUGAAAAUUAUACAAAACCCAGACAGCAUAAACGAUAUAACAUUUUCCUUAAAAGAUUACCCGCUCUUUGUGUUGGUAAACGUUUGUUGCGGCUACGUGUUGACUUUUUCCUUCUUUCAUUCGUUCUUUACAGCACCAGCACAGAUAAUUGUCCCGGUAGUGAUGGCCUGUUUGGUGCUCAUUGCUUUCCUUAUUGUUUUCCUCUACCUUCGCCGUGGCGCGUAAGUUUGAAUUUAGAGUUGUAAAAUAAAGCACGUCGACCUCAGCUCCGUGGCUUUAAAUUGAAAAGUCGCACACUAUUGUUUUGUUCCAAACUCAACCUUUCACACCGGAACAUUAGUAUGCAUAUCAUACUGUUUUUCUACGCGUUUCCAUGGGUGCUCAUAAGGAAAAUUUAUUUAACAAUCACGAGUUUCUUUAAUUGGUGAUCAUUUCCUUUAUUCCCCUGACCUUAAUGUGUGAUUAAGGGGUGACAUUGUAAGGAGAGUUUAGAUGCUGAUCACUUUACUGACCUCACAUAAUGCACAGCAUAAUAAACGGCAGGGCAUGAAAGAACUACGCAGCUUUAAUUUCAAUUGAAUGAUAAAACACUAAGGGCCAGUUAUUUAAACAAAGUUUAGCCGUUGUUUUAACAAAAGCUAUCUUCAAUUUAGCCGACCCUUUUUAUCUGAAAAUUUAUUUUUGUAAACAAUGUCGAGACAGCCGAAAGCCAUUAGUGAAAGGACAUAUAUUUAACUGAAUCAACCCUCUUUUUGAGAAUCCCUGAGGCUGGCUGCUGUCCGUACAACUUUUAAGGAUCUUCUUUUACUUUUGAAGCGCAAAGAAGACUGAAUACAGCGGCAUGGCAAUUCAAGUCGGGAAUCCAUCAUUCCUGUACGAAGAGAUGCUUGAUUAUGAGGAGAGUAACCCAAAUCCCGAUGUUGACGACGGAUCAGAAAAAGUAAGUUGAUAAACAGAUGUAGCCUGCAGUGCAGGGGUCUUAUUAAACUUAUUAGGAGGAUUUAGAAUGGACAGUGGGAGAGAGAGUGGAGAUAGACGAGUACAAAUUGCCCCGUCCCCUUCCUUCUCCUUCCUUUGACCGUCGAUCACCCCUUUAAAAUAAAUUUCUUUCUCUACCCAGAAUUUCGCUGGGGUAAAAAUCAAAGAUGGUAGCAAUGAUUUUCAUCAAGAAAAUAUUGAGCACUCGCUCGGCAAAAUUUUACCUGCUCUACAGGCUAAUACAGAUAUAGUUUGAAUUUGAUAUCAUAGUAGAAGAAACUAUUUCGAGUGUUGGUUUAUCUUGAGUCGAUUGUGAGCCGAGUUCGACCCUUGUUAAACCGUUUUUUUGCAUUAUGUUUUUAUUGCAAAUGUUCGAGGUUUCUUUUGCAGGAAAAUCUUAGAAUAGAAAAAGCAUGUUUCUAUAUUGCCCUUUGAGUAACCGGAAAGAGAGACUAUAUUCGUAGCUACUUUGCAGCUGCAAGAAUGUUGUCGUGCAAGUUUAGGUUUGUAUCGUCUUUAUAAGUUGAUGAAUCUUGCGUUGCGUCUGUCACGCAACGUGGCAAAGGGUGGCGUGACGCUAAGGUUAUACCAGCGAAAUGGAAUUGCCUCAUGUACGUUUUCUCAGCGAUGUUCUUUGUGUUUCUUUUAGUAUUGUUAUUUUGACAAUUUGCAUCGUUUUUUAAAAUUUUAUUUUAUUGUUAGGGCACAACCUUUUCCAAUCCUGUUUAUGAAUCUGUUUACCGCUCCGAGACGAGUUUGGGUUCUGAGGUGUUCCGCGAGAAUAAUCUGCCCAAAGUGGAAUUUCGUAAGGGCAAAGUGGACUUUUCAAAUCCGGUGUACGAAGCCUUGUUAGCGCACAAUACGUCGCGAAAGCCUGGGUCGGUAUUCUGGGGAAGUGCUGAGAAUGUAAACGGAGAGGCCUCGGGUGAUCAAGUCGAGACAGACUGUCUAUGA